CGCGAAGGAAGGGCCCCGUCCUAGUGCGGAGCUGCCGGGAAACGAAACUGAACUGUGGCGGAGAGGAGUUGGGGGGAUCCGGCCUUCUUUCCUCUCUCUGUCUCUCGAGCCCAGGCGCGUGUCUGGAGGGGGCUGAGGCUCGGCCUUCGCGGUCUUCUCUGCCCUCAUCUCCCGCUCCGGCCUAAGACAGAGCCUCCCCCUUCCCCUCGUGUGAGUGUAGCAAGGGCUCCCGGGAGGGUCUGGGAGAGCGAACGAGCCUCGGGGGGGGGGGGGCGUUUUGCCCUGCUUCUCUGCCCCCCGCCGCCCCUGUCACGCUGCUUUUCCGAUUGUCUCCACUUGUUUGCAGCUCCCGAGAAUACUCCAGGCUGCCGCCCCUGUCUGCCCCUCUCCGUCCCCAGUUCCUGCCUCUCCCCGUUAUGUCUCAGCCUAGCCGAGACCUUCCCUCCUGAGGGCAUCGCUUGAUAGGUUUCUGUCUCUCCUGUGUCCGGAUACUCCCUCGCUUCCCUUUUCAUCUCCAUCUCCCGGUUUCCCCCUUUUACCAAGGCUGAGAUGCUAAGCAUGUUUCCCAGGAAAUAAGUUCUCUUUAGCUCAUUUGGACUUACUUCUGGGUAAGCCUGCUUGAAGUCAGGUUGCAGCUCUCCACAGACUGUGGAUUCUGCACAGAAACACACGCUCCUUUUAGCUUCCACCUGGAAUCCCAACUUCUUCCCCUUACCUAAACCACCUCCAUCCUUUGCUCUGGUGUUUUCCUCUGAUUCUCUCCCCCCCCCCCCCCAGCCCUCAGUCCUCUUUGCAAAUUAGUGUUGUUUUGUUGUGGUGGUGGCUAUAUUAAGGCCAUCUCUCCCACCCCCAUAGGGUUUAGUAAAUAUAAGUACACUAGCUGGCAUCUGAAUUAAAAUAUCAUAUUCCUAGUUGAGCACUUAAUGGCUUCGUCAUAGAAAUGGGUUUUGUUAUAAAACCAAUCAACUGGAUGAAAUUGUGAAGAAACUAUCUGUUACAAUACUGUGCUUUACUUUCUGUUGGGUAUUGAAGACUGUGUACAUAUUCAGAAUAAAAUUUGAGACUGUCCCCCAAUGUAUUGUGAGAUCUUCUAGCAUUGUGCAGUGUUCUUUUAUAUAAUUCAUUUAUAUUUCCAAGUUAAUGUGACUCAGUGCUACUGUUCAGUAAAAUCCCUCAUUGCCCAGUGAUGGAUGGGCCCGAAUCAUAUACCUACGUACCUUGAAGUAAGCCCCAGUGAACUGAAUGGGAUUUAAGUAGGCAUGUAUAUGAUUUGUGCUGUAAAAUGUUGCCCAUAGAAGAACUAAAAUGAGAAUCUUCCCGUUGAUACUCCUGCUGUUUCUCGUGCUGAUUGCAGGGAGACUGGAAGGGGAUGGCUUCAUCCUGGAAAUUUUACUAUGCCUAUACAACUUUCAGCUUUCAGCUCUUAUGUUUAACAUUCAAUUUACUCAGUUUUAUGAUUUGUACAAAUGAACAAUGUUGUGUUCACCACCGUUAAUAAGCAUAGCCACAGUGCUGUCCCUGUUGUUCCUCACUUGCCUCAAGAAAAUUUGUACCACAUAGUUGAUGUUUCUUCUCCUAGUUUUAAUGAUCCCAGGAGUGGUAAAUUCAGUGGUGUGUUAUUUAGCCCUAUUAUGCUGUGGUAUCAGUGUAUCUUCCAUAACAAAAAAUAAUGCUUUUGAUGUAUUUAUUAGCAACUACAGUACAUUAUUGCAAUAUAUGAGAGCUCAUAUAAAUAACAUUAUUUAUAACCAGGUUUCUGAAUGCUCUGGCAUUAGAAACUGGUUCUUCACAAAUUUGUUAACUCAGGACUACCUGCUAAACUGGUGGUAUACUUUGGGCACCUUUUGUUAUUUGUUUAUGUACUGUGAUAACUUAACAAGCUUAGGCUGCAGCCUCUUACCUAGAAGUAAGCUGGUGCUGACUCAGUAGAACCUUCUGAGUAGAUAUGUAUAGGAUUGCAUGGUUACAGCUCCGUCCUAUUCAUGUUUACUUAUAAAUUUGCCCCUCUAAGUUCAACGGAGCAUGCUGUACAGUCAUGUGCAUGGUUAUUUGGCAGCAUCUCCCACUCUCUUAAUAGGGCUUACUCACUAGCAAGUGUGGUUAGGAUUGCAAUCUUAAGAUGCAGUUGUAUGUCAGUAACCUGGAAGUAAGGCUCAAGGAGAAUAAACAAUAGGAUUGUGCUGUUUUUUCUCUUGUGUGUUUAUCAGUGAAACCUGAAUUAGAACUGUGUUCUACUGGGAUGUGUGUCUGUAUGAUGAAAGUGGUGGAAUGAAAACAUGCUAUGAAAAUGCCUAUUCAGGUGUUUUCAUUCUUUUUAAAUUAAUGGAGAGCAAAUUGUUUGCUUUCCUGAUUUCCCUCCUAUUUUAUAUGAGCGGUCUUGAAAGUGCACAGAGGAAAGAGUUUUCUUCUUAAGAGAAUGUUUCUAUAUAAGGACUGAAAACCUGAAUACUCCACUGCCUUAAAAUUAUGCCACACUUAUGAAUGUGUUUGAAACUGUUCUGGCACAAGGUGAAAACCUUCUUGUUUACUAUGACUUUUUCUGACUAUUACCACCAGCCAUUCUGGGGUUUUAAGAAUAUUUUUACUGUCCACCGGAUUGCAUUGUAAUCAUUUUGAUUGUAUUUGUAUUGUAUUUCUUGGUAUUGUUGUACACCACCUUGUGAUGCCCCUAUAAUAGGCAAUAUAGAAAUAUUUUAAUAAUUAAAUAUUUUGUUUCCUCCUUGCAGAGAAAAUGAAGCGACGAGCAGAACCUGAAUAUAGCAGUCCCCUAAAGAGGCAGAAGAAAAGGAUCGAAGAGUUGGGUCUGACCCUCAGCUCCACAUCAGAUGAUGAAACGCAACUUGGUAAUCAUGGAGCUCAAGGUAACUAUAGAGGUAACAUCACAUGGGCCUGUCCACAUCUAAACUUGGUUGUGCUGCAAUCAACCUUUCAUUGGACAUAGAAUGGAGUCAUGGACUAACUGGUAUCAUUAGAACCCUGCUUGCUAAUUUCCAGAGAAGAAUAGUUAAACCAUUGUGAGUACCAUGUGAGGUCAGAGGCACUGGGGGCUGUAUAGGGUACAAACAAGUCAGUGGAAUUUUCAUUUGUUAUUGCAGUCUAUAAAACAACUUUUCUGACUCAGCUCCAUGACUGAUGGCCAUCCAACUUCUACUUAAAAACCUCCAACGAAGGAGAGUCCACCACCUCCUGAAGGAGUCCAUUCUGCUUUCGAACAGAGCCAGUGUGGUGUAGUGGUUAAGAGCGGUGGACUCCUAAUCUGGGGAACCGGGUUCGCAUCUCCGCUCCUCCACAUGCAGCUGCUGGGUGACCUUGGGCUAGUCACACUUCUCUGAAGUCUCUCAGCCCCACUCACCUCACAGAGUGUUUGUUGUGGGGGAGGAAGGGAAAGGAGAAUGUUAGCCGCUUUGAGACUCCUUAGGGUAGUGAUAAAGCGGGAUAUCAAAUCCAAACUCUUCUUCUUCUCUUACUGCUAGAAAGUUUUUCUUGCUGUUUAAUUGGAAUCUCCUUCCUUGUCACAUGAAGCCAGUGCAACACUAAGGAUUGUGUUUGAGGGAUGUCUGCUUCCUACAGCACUUGGUGGCAGUUUAAAGAGAUUUCCAGCAGUGAAUUAAACUGUAAGGCUCAAGCGCCAUAGUUUAGUGGUAGAGCAAAUGCUUGACAUGCAAACAGUGCCAGAUUCAUACCCCACUAUCUCCAGAUAAGUCUGAAACCGUGGGGAGCUGCUGCCAGCCAGAGUAGACAGUACUGAGCUAGAUAGAUCUAUGUUCUUCUCCAUGAAUAACUUGAUUAUGCUGUGGCAUAGACGGAGCGUUUCUUUCCUUUGUUUGGUUUUCAGAGUCUUCCACCACAAGCAGCAGCGAAUCUGACGGUGAGAUCAGUGAGAGGCGGCCUGUCCUUGGCUCUUUCAGCAAUAAGUUCAGCGCAGACUCCCUUGUACAGGGCACAUCCUCCCGAUACUCCAUGUAUAACAGCGUGUCCCAGAAGCUCAUGGUAGGUCAGAGCACCCUUGCGAACAUCCUGUGGAAACUGAAUCGGGGGAAAUAAGAGCACUGUCAGUGGGAUCCACUUGGUAGGAUUCCCUUUCCCAACUAUAUUGGAACAUGUCUGGGCCAAAUAUGUGUUCAGAGUGCUCUUUCAGUUAGUUAGGAAAGCUGGAAGGCUGCAUAGUCGUAGUCACGUUGCAAACUACAUAAUUUGCCUUUAAGUUUCAUGUUGUACCAUUUAUUUUUAAGAGCUUAUUUCUGGCUGUAGUUGGUGGUGGAGAAACUUUUAAAAUUUGAACGCAUAUCUGGUUCAAAAUCAAGGAAUGGUAAUCUGUUUUGAGUAGCACUUCAAAGCCACCAUGUAUGCUGAAACAUAUAUGCUUAGCAUUCCAUGUUGUACUUACCUGCCCCAUCAUGCUUGUUGUCCUUAAAUGUCUCCUUACCUGCUCUUUGCAAGUUUCUGGAAAGAGGCAUUUCAGGGAAAGGUAUGAACCAAAGUUCAGUUUUCCUACAUGCUAAGAAUUUUAGAGAGGUGAUUUCAGCACUCUUCUUUUGCUUUUAGUAUUGCCAUUUACAGCGUGAAUUGGGACAGAGAAAUCUGCAUUAUAAACCUUUUCACCCAUGAUUAUUAUAUUUCCUUAGGAGCAAAAGCAAAACUUCAGUGCACCUAUGUUCUCAGACUACAUCCAAACGUUCAUACUCUGUAGCCCCCUUCUUUUUAUUUACUUCCUGCUAUCAGAAUUUCAGAUGGACUCCUAGCGCAAUGAAUCUUUAAAAUAAAUUCGAUUCAAAUGGAAUUCCUUGUUUGGAGCACUGGAGUUAUGUUGCUGUUUGGUACCAUGUGAGUUCCUGUGUGUGCAUAGUUUAAACAACUUUUUUGAAAUAUGGAAUAGUUCAUCCUAGGCAAGUGCGCACAACUUCAAUGAAAUGUCAUGCAGGUUUUAGAGCUGACCUUCCAAAUAUUACAAAAAAUGAUCUUGCCUUUAUAAUAAAAUGUUCCAAUCUUCAGUAUUUUAACAACAACAGCUUCAGCUGUAUUGGACAGGUUGCAGAAAUUGAACUUGGGACAACCUGUCCCUUAGUCUAGAACUGACAUCUUUUUCCUGGUAAUCUUGAACUGCUUCAUAGCAGGCAGAAGCAGGUGAAGCUUUUCUUACCCUUGUGAUUCAAUGAUACGGAAAUCUCCACUUGUUGAAUUUCAGUAUGUCACACAGAUAUUAAAAUCACAGGAACCCUGCCAGGGAAUAAGGUAGCAACCUUGCCUCUAGAAUUAUACAAGCAUUAUAUUGGGGAGGAAAUUCAGAACUCCAGUUGUCUGUGAUGCAACUUUUCUGAGUGAAGUGCUCAGGCUUUAUGAAAAUAACUCGGCCCUCAUCAGUAUUGCCCUUGGCUCACAGAGGCCUGCCUGAUUCUUAUCUGUCAGUGAGCAGUUAAUUAAAUCCAUCACAGAAUUCAGUAAUUACUUGCAUGGUAGAGGGUUUGCUGUAAGCUGUACUAGAGCUACAGUUCUCAGUGUGAGGUGAGCUCUCCUAAAGAAAUAUGUGCAGUUGUUAGGAGAUAAAUGAGCCCCUCCAAGCUUAUAUUGUUUGUGUGUGAUUAUUUGUGUAGAUUAGCUGAGGAAUCGGUUCCUGAUAGUUAUAUUACAAGAAACUGAGUGAGUGCUAUAUUCCUCUUUGUGUUUCUAGAAGUAAAGUUGUUUAAGCAGCUUCUUAUUUCCCCAAGGAAUGUCACAACUCUGGUUGAACAUCCCUAGCUCGUAUAUGUUUCUAAAAGAAUAAAUGCUGCCAAAGAAAUAGUUGAUCCACUUAAUUACAAAAUAUUCUGCCCAAGGUAACAAACGAUAGGUGAAUCGUAACAAUAAGAACCAGUACAAAAUAAAAUAUCAGAAGUCAAAAUGGUGGCCUGAUCUGAAAUAUUUUCACUUGCUUCCUAAAACGUUGCAAGGAUUGAGGUGGGUCUCUCUAGGGAGGGAAUUCCAGAGGGUGGCAGUGCUACAGUACGAAAAUCCUGUCUCUCCAACAGUGUAACAUUCCAGAGAGUUGAGCUACAAAGCUAGACCUCCCCUUCAGACCUUGGCUUUCUUUAAUUGACAGUUGAGGAACUGGGGUUUGCAGUCUUUCAAACACAGGUCGGUACUGUUUUUCCUUCCUGACUUUAAAUUAUAUCUGUAAGAGCACAGCAGGUGUUUAAUAGUGUAAAGGAAUUUAAAAUUUAUUUUCAAUGAAAAAAUAUAACCAGCAAGAUCUAUAAUUCUAUUUGCUUUAUUUCUAUGGUUUUUAAAUUUCUGUCUUCAAGGAACCUCUUCAUAGCAGCUUGUCAUGAAUCUUCACAUUUCUGCUAUAGAAUCCCUGUGCAUAGCAGAGGAUCCUAGGAUCACUCUGUGUUAAUUGAGAGUGUAGCAUAGAAUGUACCCCAGUUCUCCUGCUACUUCCAUCUUCUAGGUGUUUAUGUGAGCUGUUUUACAGGGAAACCUGUUUGCCAUUACUGAUCUGUUUGUUGAAAUAAAUUAAAAAAUUAAAAUAUUGUCCAGUAGCACCUUAGAGACCAACUAAGUUUGUUCUAUUUAUUUAUUUUGACUGCGUCAGACCAACAAGGCUACCUACCUGAUCUGUUUGUUGAGACAGUGGUUCUCAAACUUCCUCCACAAUGGACCACAGGAAAAUUACGAAGGGUCUUGGUGGACCACUUAAUGAUUUUUCUGCCUGUUUUGAUGCCUGUAAUGAUGCUACAUUCUCUUUAAUCAAAUCAAGAUUAAACUUUAAAACCUCUAGUCUUCUCCACUCCUUUCAAAUGCCUCCCCCCAAUCACUUCCAGUCCAUCCCACUCACCUUAGAACCUGGCCGUCUACCUGCUCUUCACAGGCAUGCUGCAGACCACCUGAAGGAAGUGGACAGACCACUGUUUGGCAACCUCUGCUUUAAGUUGUACCUGAUAAGCUUUCAAGGAACCCCAGAGUUCCCUGGAACACAAGUUUGAAAAUCCUACUGUUGGCUAAAGGGUUGUGACUAACUGAAUCCCAUCUGUUUACUGUUGUGAGGUUCACAUGAACUGCUUUGGGCUUCUGACAUGUGUGAGAGAGACCAUGAUCACAACUGUAGUCUCAUUACAGACUUUUCUGUCCAAAGAGCACAGAGUACUUACAGGUUGAUAAACUUGAUAAACGGCAAAUAGCUAUUGAGUUCUUCACAGGUUACUCAUUUGUAGCAAGGCAGUUCAUUUUUGUUGUUGUGUUUACAUGUUUCAUUCUGUUGAUCUAGCUUCAUCCUAAUUAAGUUGAACACACUUGAAGGAGAGUCCAGAAGUCUUCUGAGAGAUUCAUUAAGUGCACUCAAUACUUUUUAAUCACAGGAGCCUAAGAUGGCCUGAUUUAUUUAUUUAUUCUGCUAGUCCUCAGCCUAAGCACAGAAGGUAGUGCAUAAAUUUGUUGUUAGACGUUACUAAGGAGCUUAUUCUGCAUUGGCUUGCAGGCCAAAAUGGGUUUUCGAGAAGGUGAAGGUCUUGGAAAAUAUGGCCAGGGGAGACAAGAGAUCGUUGAGGCCUCCAAACAGAAAGGAAGACGAGGUCUGGGGCUGACUCUGAAAGGAUUUGACGGAGAAGUCAACAUCAACUGGCAGGAUGAGCCAGAGGUAAUUAUGUGCACAUUUUGUUCCUUCCACAUGUUUUUUGUGCUUUCCACUUAUCUGUUAGGCAUUGUGGAGAGGUCUUUUGGCCACUGACUCAGGUGAAGUUCGUGGCAAAGUAACCCUUGGUUUGAAGGCAAAUGGUGCUAACCUUUGGGAGGAACUCAGCCUUUUGCACUUCUGAUCGUUCCAUCAGCACAAUAAUUUUAGCUUGCCAGAUGGAAUUAUUACCCCCUCUCUUCCCCCGGCGUCGACCCCACCCUGCCCCCCAGAGCCCAGAGUGGGGGGGGGGGGGAGAGGGGAGAAAGCCCUGAUGUACAAGUGGAAGUCCUUAUGUCUGGUAAUCUAUUUCAACUUUCUUAUUCUUAUUUGCCAAAUCAACAUUUUGCCUGCCCAUGUGUUAUGAAAACACUAUGGUUCUCUUAAAGACAUUAUUUGAAUUUCAGCCUUAAAAGAUUGUGUUGAGCUUCUGGUUUACUUCCAGGUAUUAAGGGAGUUAAAUUUUGCUGCAGCAUACACAGUCUUCUUUUUUACUGAUCUUUUCUUAUGUUCACAGGCUAGCGCUUAUGAGCAAGUGGACUGGUUCCCAGAAUGUACCACUGAAAUUCCAGAUGCUGAGGAAAUGAAGGAUUGGAUGACUAUAGGCAAGGUAUGAAGCAUGGGGAAGAGAGUUAAGGGCUACACCAAUUAAGAAUUCAGAGAGGCUGGGUACCAAGUCCAGAGGUGCCAUUCUGCAUGCAAGAGUGUAAUGCAGUUUGAGCGAUGCCCUUUCCCUGACACAAACACAUUAAGACCGGGUCAGAAUAACCAAAAUAUUGAGUAAACAUUUUAAAAUAUAAUUAAUAUUAGGGAAGCCAACUGAAGUAAAAAAAUACAUUUAAUAAAUGCCAAUGAAAAUAUAAUUAGAUGAUUUUGACUUUCUCAAUAUUUUUUAUUAAAAUUACAGAUGAGCUCCAAACAUUUUAUUUUAGUGCUUGGUCCACAAUGAACUCCUAUAUAAUUGAAUUUCUAUUUACAAUUUAUUUAUUGCAUUUUUGUUUUGUCCUUCUCCAAAGAGUUGAGGGUGGGGUAUAUGGUUCCUCUUCUAUUUUAUUCUCAUGUUGACCCUGUCAGGUAGUGUUAGACUUAAGAGAAAGUGACUGCCCAUGUUCACCCAAUGUUUUGGCUAACAUUCAUUUCCGAACUAUAAUAGUUUAUAUAAGAAUUUACUACUUAUACCCCGUUCAUCUGACUGGGUUGCCCCAGCCACUCUGGGAGGCUUUCAACAGAAUAUAAAGAACACACAAUAUAUUGGACAUUCAAAUCUUCCUGAUACAGGGCUGCCUUCAAAUGUCUACAGAAUGUCAUAUUGUUGUUUAUCUCUAAUAAUAAUAAUUUAUUACUUGACCAACAACAACCAUCUCUUGAGAAGGACCUUUGAACAGUCCAGCUCUUCCAUUUUCUGUACUAAAAAUGUUUUGCUGGGUGAUGUGGGCCUGGGUCCUAGAUUGGUGUGUUUACACUCAUUAUCUUGCUGAGCUCUGUGUUCUCAACCUGAGUCCAUACUUCCAUGUGAAGGGAGCAAAUUAACAUACUUGGGUAUUCAAGGGCUACUCCCUCUGUUCUUCAGUAUCAGAUUGCAGUGCGAAUAAGCUUCAUCCUUGUAAUUGCUGCAUUUGUGAGAGCUUGAGUACCUUGACAAGCUGUUUAAUCACAACAGCAGGAAGCCGCAUUUUCUGUAGUGAUGCUCUCAUUUUGUACAGUGUUCUCUGUCUGCCUGGCACAGAAUAUUGCUGCUCACCAGUGAUAUAGUUUGAAAGGCUGCAGCCUAGCCAGAAGUGUAAAUAAUAGCAGUGACAGGAUUUUUCUUUUCCUUGGAUACCAGCCAUUUUUAUUAAUGAUAUAUAGUGGCAAGUGUUUGAUGUACCACAGUGAUUCUUAAGGGUGUUUAUACAAAGCUAGCUUCCCCACUUUCCUUCAGGCUGCAAAAUGCCAUGUUUAUUAGUCUGCCUGGUGAGUAGAUAUCUAACUGUUCUUAGAUUGAAAACUGAAGUAGAAAUAGAUGCAUACUCCCAAUAUGUACUUGUAUACUGUUUCCUGUUGCAGUGAAACAGACUGAUUAUUGAUCAGCCUUGCUUCUGACCCUUACAAAAAGUGCUAUGAGCCUUUGUUAAGAGUGCAUUGGGCUUGGACCCAAGCAACAAGGCUUUGAUCUUAAAUAUCAAAUAAAUUCAUUGGUAGCCUUGAGCACGUCACACCAAACCUGUUUCCUAUAUGCAGAGUUUCAUUAAGUUGCCUUUUUGCACAGUUUUUUAAAAUUAAAACUGGGUGAAUGUUUUCCAUGCUCCCAAGAGAUUUUUCAGACCACCAAAAUAUUCUUCAGAAGCCCCCUUCCUAGCAUCCCUUUUUUGCAUCCCUUUCAGCAGCAGCUUUGGCAACAAGUACUUGCUUUUUGUUUUAAAUAGCGAGUGGUUCUUGCAGGCUACAUGAGCCUAUGAAGUGGAGAUCACGUAGCCAGUAUGUGAUGAUGGCACCUAGUUAUCAAGUUUGGCUAUCUGAUGUCAACUCAAAAAGUCUGGAGUGGGUUCACGCAUAGCGAUAUUUGCUAAACGUCACCUCUCAGUGUUUUAAAAGCAAAGCUCUAUAAGAAAUUAGGCUCCUGUCUGAAGCCAUUUCCAUGUGCAUCACUAGCUUGAUCAGCAAGUAUGGCCCCAAAUCAGAUAGGUAUUCCAUUUAGCCCAUGAUUCUUUAAACUAUUUCUUUUCAAAGUUUGAAAAAGAAUCACAUGUGGGAAACUGUUGAUGAAGGCAGGUGUCUACAGUUCCAGUCCCUCAGUCCUAUUUCUCAUACUGAAAAAGUGAUGUUUAUCCGGCACACAAGGAGUAGGUCAGAGUUCCCACCUGAGAGCAGAUGCCCCAAACUAUUUUAUUGUUGUUAGAUUUGCAUGUUUUCAUGAAAGGUGUCUUGCCACAUUGUCUUAAUAAAGAGGAAGAUGUUAUCUUUGUUUAUUAAUUUCCUCCAUAUUUUAUUCUCUAGAAAAAACUGGUGAUUGAUGAUGAAACACAUUUCUGUGGAGAAGAACUCCUACAGAAUAUGCUUCAGUGCAAGGUGAGUUUUGUCUGUUGGGGACAGAGCCACUCCGUGGAAGAGAACGGGAGUAUAGCUAAGAUCUGGACGCUCUGCGAGUUGAUUGUUUUGAGACAUUGGGGGUCAAGUGACCUAGACACUUCAUCCAUGCAAUAGAAGGUGUUAAUUUCGAGGCCAGAAUUUAAUUCUCAGACUCAGUGUUUUAAAUCUCACUUGACAGGCCUUUGUUUCUUACUGGCUUCAAAAGGUUGUAGUGGUGCUGCCUAAGUUAUUGCAUCUUAAUACCUCCAGCUAGAGAAUUUUGAGCUCAUUGCUAUUCCCCUAUAGCUAGGUUCCUGUAAUUUGAUAUUACUUAACUAUAAUUUGACCUCCUUGUCAAAUUAGACUUGUUUCCUCUUUUUCCAGAGUGUGUUUGAUGAGCUGGAUGGAGAGGAAAUGCGCCGAGCUCGUACAAGGUCCAACCCCUAUGAGAUGAUCCGUGGAGUCUUCUUCCUAAACAGGUCAAUGGAGGAUCUCAGAUUUGCAGCCCUUGAGUCAGCAAGGGCAGACUCUUAACAAGUUUCCCUCUUGCAUUUACAGAGCAGCAAUGAAGAUGGCAAACCUAGACUACGUCUUCGACCACAUGUUUACAAACCCAAAGGAUUCUCGAGGGGUAAAGGUUUCUCUAUAUCUCUAAAUCUUCAGUGUCUUCUGUGAAUGGGGGAAUUGGGUGGAAAAGUCCUUCAGAGUUUUACUAAAAUAGUUGGGUUUGUUUUGUUUUGUUUUGUUUUUUUAAGUGCCCCGGCAGUCAGGGAUACAGUACGGCAAUGCAGUUGUUGCUUUGGUUAGUCGGUUGCUUCUGUUGAGGUGCUUUGAGUCUCAUCCCUUAUCCAUUUUGGCAGAAACCUCUGAUCAGAGAUCGUGAUGCAGAGCUCCUGUACUUUGCUGAUGUAUGUGCUGGCCCUGGGGGCUUCUCAGAGUAUGUCCUCUGGAGGAAGAAGUGGCAUGCAAAAGGUUUUGGCAUGACCUUAAAAGGACCAAAUGAUUUCAAAUUGGAGGAUUUCUUUGCUGCUUCUAGUGAACUCUUCGAGCCUUACUAUGGUAUGUAUAAGCAUGUAUUUAUGGCAACCUUCUCCCCACCCCCUCAUCGUUCAUCUUCAGUGUCAAGUGAAAGACUUAAAGAGUUUUGAAUGCAUGUGCAUUUUUAAAUGGGAAACAUUUUGGGGACAGCUCUAUCAGUACUUACAGAAGUUGUAUAUGUUUUGAAAGUUGAUUGCCAUUUGAUCUUAGAGACAGACAGGCAGGAUACACAGAUUGUUGCCACUGUGUCCCAUUUUUUUAAACAAAGGAUGUAAUCAAGUGUGGAAACUACCAAGGAUAGCAAGGAAUACCAACAUCACGAGAGGCGAGAGAAGUGGCACUUCUUUUACAAAACUUCUCAGAUCACUUUAUGCGGAAGUGUAGUCAUAAGUUUUUAAAAUGAAAUAAUGAGAAACCUUUGGAAAUGAUUCUGUGGUAUGUAAUAACAAUAAUACACAGCAGACGAGAGCAAAUUCCUUGCUUUCCUUGCUCACAGGUGAAGAAGGAAUUGAGGGAGAUGGAGACAUCACCCGUCCCGAGAACAUCACUGCCUUCCAGAAUUUUGUGCUGGACAAUACAGAUCGCAAGGGGGUACAUUUCUUGAUGGCUGAUGGGGUAUGUUCCUUCUCUUUUCCCUUUGUUCCCUGAGCUAAGAGAGGGACCUAGCUUUGUGCAUUGUGAUGUGACAUUUAGCUUGUUAUAAAUGUGAUGUGAAGAUUCAGAGAGCAUACACACACACACACACACACACACAGAGAGAGAGAGAGAGAGAGAGAGAGAGAGAGACUGACUAGAUUACCUCUGGAUAUAGAUAAUGGAUCAGUUUUGAUUAAUGGUUUCAUUUCAGUACAAAUAAAAUCAACAAAUGUGGUGGUUCAUAGAACAUCACAACAUAGAUUUGUUGCUGAUGUCCCUCACCAGCAUAUCUGAGCACUCAGUGUACAGCAUGAAAGCUGCUGCUACCCUCUGCGAGUGCAUCCUUGUUCCUUCUAGUUGAAUAACACUCUCUGUGUGUAUGUGUGUGUACACUGUGUGACAGACAAUGACAGUGGCUCCUUGUGUGAUGAGCACUUCCUAGAACUGAUAGGUGUGAAGAGAAGGAUGAUGCAGAGGAGGAACAGACUCUUUAAUGAGGCACAGUGCCAUGAAGAUGAUCCCCCACCCUCCUGAGUGUGGGACUAAGGAGGACUACUUCCACCAAUUCUCUGCUCACUCCCCACUCCAUCCUUACUGACUAUUACCUCAGUUACUUCUUUACUGAAAGUGAGAAGCAAGCUUCCUCUUCCCUGACAGAUUAUGGAAAGGCAAAAGCGCACGUUAAGCCCAGGGAGGGAGAAGGCUGCAUGCAGUUCAGUGGGCAGGCAGUGACUUGUCAUGCUCUCCAAAAAGGGAAGGGGGAAUUGAAUUUAAGUUUUCCGUUUCAUGAAAUGUGAUACUGGGUUUCAGUUACAUAAAAUGUGAUUUGCAUUAAGGUUUGCUGUUUGCUGUGUGUUUCAGGGUUUCUCUGUUGAGGGUCAGGAAAACAUCCAAGAGAUUCUAAGCAAGCAGCUGACUCUUUGCCAGUUCCUCACAGCACUCUCUGUCGUACGAACAGGUGCUUCUCCACACGCUCCCCCCCCCCCCCCGUCUCUGUAUUUCCCCUUCUGCCCCUUGUGGCUUUAGUGUUAACUAUUCUAGACUCUCUUACCUCCACCUCCCACCUUGUGCAGUAUUUUGUAAGAGACCAGACUCUUUGUUUUUGUAUGUGUUGGUCCUUCUGUUCCUCUUCUAUAAUUAUGGAUCACUGUUUUUAAAAUAAGAUUUGGAUUUGGAAACCCUUGGCAUCUCCUGGUAUUUGCAGAAUAUGAAAUUCUCAUAGCGAGGCAAUGGAGAACUUUAUGUUGGCCCUGGGAAUUACCAGCUUACCAUGGAAACGUUCUGAAGGCAGCAGGCAGAGGACUUUGCUGGAAUCCCUUCUGUCCAACCUCUUCCCUUUCUGGGGAAUUAGGGGAGAAGUGAUAAAUGGAGGUGAAAGGGUUGAAUGGCUUUUGAAAAUGUGAUUGUUAAGUACCCAAGAGAAUAUCUUGUGAGAUUUCCACAGCAUGGUCCUCCAUAUCAUCUAUGGACAAGAAUGGCUGCUGUCAUAAACCAUGUGUGCUACAGACAGUGUGUGGGACAGAUUGGGGAGGCACCCAUCUAGAUCUCGGCUCAGCCAUUAUGUUCAUUGUGUAGAAGGUACUGUUUUUCAGCCUAAUCUCCCUCACAGGUGCAUGUGAGGAUAACAUGUCAUAACCCCAUGUGCACCACCCUCAGUGCCUUGGAGGAAGGGUGGGAUACAAAUAUGAUUAAUAAUAAAGUAGUGUGUGUUUCUCCUUUGUAAGGUGUAGCUUCAAUUUGCUUUUUCUGCUCCAGGAGGGCACUUUGUCUGCAAAACCUUUGAUCUGUUCACGCCAUUCAGCGUUGGCCUAGUAUACUUGCUCUACUGCUGCUUUGAGCGCGUGUCAAUCUUCAAACCUGUGACGAGUCGCCCUGCCAAUUCUGAAAGGUGAGACCUGAGCAUUGUGGAAGGUGGAAGGUACCUUUGAACACUGCGGCUCUGAUAAAAAGGGGUUUGAAGUAGCUGCAGCUUUGCUACAAACUCUAUGAGAGUUUAGGUGCUAUAUCACAUUCAGAUUGUUUUGCUAAACAUUUGCUGGCAGAUCAAACUGCUAAAUGGGAGGCAAUUAAAUUUUGUAAUGAGAGGAUCACUUGUACUCCUUCAUGCUAUUAUAUUUGUUAAUGCCUGUGCUUGAAGUUUCUUUUUGCCUCCUACCUUUUGCAAAUACUUUUGAAGUAAAAUUUCAUCAGACAGAUCAUAAUGACCAGAAAUCACUUGUAUAUAUACCUUCUUUUCAGUGAAUUUGAUGCCUCUGGGGCCAUUGCCAAAAGAAGCCCAGAUCACAAUAAAAUGUUUCUAAAGCACAUUCCCAGUUAAUUGCAGGAUUGUGGCCUAAGGUACUGCAGCUCAUCUGGGGCAAGUCAAUAUCUCUAAUUUUCUUGUCCUUAAAAUAGGAAUAAAACAAGAUGGAAUUGGGAAAGUGUUUUGCACUAGUGGAAGUAAUAAAAUAUAUGAUAACCAAUAAAGGUUGUCAUCACCUCUUGCAAAAGCAGAAAGGGUUUUCUGCAAGCUGUAUUUAUUUCAUCUUACCGUUUGGCACAAUGCAUCAGAAGGUCAUUAUAGUUAAUGAGCAAAUAGUCUGUCUCACCCUGCAGGUAUGUGGUAUGCCGAGGAUUGAAAUCUGGAAUUGAUGAUGUGAGAGACUAUCUUUUCUCGGUGAACAUCAAACUCAAUCAGCUACGCAACACAGACCAGGAUGUAAACCUCGUUGUCCCUUUGGAAGUAAUCAAUGGUGACCAUGAUUUCCAUGAUUACAUAAUCCGAUCAAAUGAAAGGUGAGUUGAAGGGCAGUGAGAAGAAAUUGCAGGGUUCUGCUAGUCACUUUUCCUAAGCUGUCUGCUUCCAAUAAUUCUUCCUCUGCAAAGUCCAUAUAUUGUGGAUUAGUUCACAAGACAAAGUGAAUGACACACUGUAUAACUCGUAUCCAGUCCUUUGUUUUCAAAUGACAAUUAGGCACCAUUAAUUGUAGAUGCAUGAUUAAUGGCACAUCUAGAUUUCCCACUCCUGCUUUGUAUAUUGUAGUUUCGUGGCUUUCUCUACUCUGCAGUGAUAAUAUAAAACUGGUAUUAUCAGUUGAUGGUAAGAAAUCUUGCUAAUUUAUGUUUUUUAGUGUACUUGAUUCACUUGUUGCAUUUCUGUAUUAUCCUGACCAGUCAUUAUUCUCUUCUUUUUAACCUGAAAAGCAGCAAUAAUAAUAAAACUUACUUUCUGCACAGAUAAGAAUAGUCAUAGGUUAACAUAAACAACAACAACAACAAACAAAACCCAACCUCCUUUUGUGAAGGAAGAGUGAAAAUAUUCCUCAAUUCCCUGGCACUACCAUUGCAACAUGGCCAGUUACUGUAUUGUAUUGAAACUGGUCAUUCUGUCUGUUGGUUAUUUUUCAUGCGCAUUCUGAUUCACAAGACCUUCAGAUAGCUACUUUGUCAAUUUAGUAGAUAACGCAUUCUAAAGCUGGGACCUGCUUUCUCUUCCAGACUCUGCGCUGUUCAGAUCAAAGCACUGGCCAAAAUCCGUGCCUUUGUUCAAGACACGUAAGUAUAUUUAUAUUUAAAGGUGCUCUUGGGUGAGGGCCGAACUGUAAUUCAGGUUUGUUGUUUGUACUGUUUGAGAUGUUACAGCUUUCAUUUGGUGGUGGGGCAUGGGAGAGACUUGCAUGAAAGUGACUCCAUUCCAGGGAAUGUCAUUCAAGUCAGUGAGUCAAGUUUGUGGUUUGCGGUAUUCUUUUAUAGAUCUGUAAUUUCUGGGGUCUAGAGCAGCAUUUCAGAAGUUUAUUUGAGGGUCUUCUUCACCUUGUUUUUGUUCUUAUGGUGCAUAAAUCACUAUGUAAAUUGAAAAGAAGAAUCCAUCUUUUGGGGGGGGGCAAGCUGAAUUAUCCUUUUUACUGGAAAAUUCAGAAGAACCAUCACAAAUUCUUCUAGGACCUUGAAUGAACCACGACAGGCUGACAUCCGAAAGGAAUGCCUCCGGCUCUGGGGGGUGAGUAAAACCACAGAACAGCAAACUAUAGUUUUGUAGUUCUCCUUUUUUAAUGUGUAUAGAAGUCUCUGUAUUCUCUGUUGAAGAGGAUUAUCUUCCCUUAAAAAACCACAGGGCAUGUUAGGGACUGUAUAUAUUGUUUAUAUAUAAUUCUGUGUAUUUAGAGAGUGAUGGUUGGAGAAAGAGAUUUUUAAAAAAUCAUUUCCCAAAGGGUGGGAUUGUUGCUAAACUAAAAAUCUUCAGUGACAGAAAAAUUAGUACUAAGUUAAUUGUGAAUGCAAGUAUAACUUACUUGAGACAUUCAUGAUGAAUGCAAACUGCCUUCUAUAGCAUCCAUAUUUUAAAUGCCUGUUCCUGACUUACACACCACAGUAGGUCGUCUUGGACAGCAAGUCUCUUUGGCCUAGAACAUGAUUUCUGAUCAUUCUACUAAAUUGCAUUGACCAAUUAAAUAAAUGACAAAGCUGCAGGCCAUGCUUUUUACACUGAAAAAUACAGUGGUCUUUGAGGUAUCAUAGCACAUACGGUCUCAGAAUGAAUUCUUUCUCUCUUGGCCACCCUUAUUUUUUGGGUUAGAAGUGUGCAACUAAUGAAGUUCAAACUUCUAUCGCUUGGAUUUUAUUUCAAAUUGAUAUUUCCAUGACAUAAGAUUUGUAUAGUAAAAUGAAAUAAACAGAUAGGUUUACACAUAAAAUUUUGCUUGUAAACCGUUGGUUCGUAUUUGGGUUUGAUGCAUUGCAACAGGCAGUUGAGGCUCUUAAGAAGUUGACUGCUGUUAAAAAUAAUUCUGCUGUAAUUCUGCUAUCAGGAUGGAAUAAUUGUGUCUCUUCUCAUACUUCAUUGCACUUGUUAUAAGCUGCCUGAUCGAUAGCGUCAUGUUAAGGGGCAGCAUACAAAUGUAAUAAAACAAAAUCCCCAUAUUUCAUGAGAUGAUGCCACCUAUUAUUACUGAUCAUAGCAUUUUUCUACUGGAAGAAGGAAAACCUUCUUUCUCUGUGUGUCUUUCUCUUAGUAACAUGUGAAUGGCUAUUGGAGUAACAAGUUGAUUAAAAGAAAAUAGCUGUUUAGCUGUAAACUUGUUAAAUUUAAUAAAUCCAUACCUACUUUUAAAGAAAAGAAUUCUCUCAAGUGUAGCCUGUGCAAACUCUAUUUUAAAAGCCAUUCACAAUUACCUAAAAACAAAAGCGUAGACUGAAACACAAUGUAUGAUGAAUCUUUAGGUAACGGCACUUGCUUUUUAGUAUGCAUCCCAUUCCUAUUAUCUGAGAAAUAUCUCUUUGGCUUAAAAUGUUUAGAGGCUGAGGGAGUAAAUGUCAUUGUGUGUGUGGACGAAAAGGGAAUGUCAUACCCAAAGUAACCAAAAAGAGCAAUGCCACUUAGUAUUAGCCAACUCUUAAGACUGCUUCAAUAUCCCCGUUUGUAGUCACAGUCUGAUCAGUUGAUUGAACUGUUAGUACAUGCUUUAGGUAUAUUGUUCGAAAUGAAGUUAGUGAUUGUGAGUAGGGAAUCAUGGUGCAGUGCUGUUUUUGGUUAAUUGGCCAAAAGAAGAAGUCGUAUUUUGGCAUGUGUAUGAGUUGCUACUCAGGAUACGCCAUAGGACCCUAACAUAAAUAAACAUUGAUCCUUUUAGACAAGAGCAAUUUCUCCCCAAACAUUAAAAGGACUUCACUUUCAGCAUUCAUGGAAACUACUCUGUAGCAAAUGGGUGGAAAACUUAGGGUCCUCCUGGAGUUGUUGGAUUAUAGCUUCUAUCCUCCCUGACCAAUGACUGGGCCUGAUGGGCAGUGGAGUCCAACAACAGCUGGAGGACCACAAGUUUCUCACCCUUGCUCUAGGUGGGACCACUGGAUAAACAUAUACUUCAUCACUCAGAGCCGAGAAGAAGGAAACUAAACAGGAACACAAGAAGCUGCCUAAUGCCAACUCAGACCAUUGACCCAUCUAACUCACUGCUUGUCUGUGGCACACCAGAAUUUCAGACAGCGUGUCUUUCACAGCCCUUCCCAGAGCUGCCAGGAAUUGAAGCUGGGAAUUUCUGCAUGCCAGCAGGCUCCACUAUGGAGCUCUGACUCUUCAGCUGCAACCUGUCAUCCCUGCAUGAAAGUUGGGUUGUGGGGAUUUUUAUGGCAACAUAUUUUGUCGGCUAAUUAUCUAUUGUGCAAAAGAGUACUUUUUUCUUUUUAUUUGAAAAGGAACUGCUGCUCCCAUUGUUCCUAUUGAAAUCAAUUGCCAAAGUUUACUGGGUGUUUUGCAGGCAUGUUGAAAAGCUGUAGCAAUACUUCAAAAACAAUGCGUUGGGUUCUUCCAUUCAUGAGAGGCAGAGAGAUUGUGAGUAAGAGGACAAAAAUAGCCCGAGUACAAGUUAAUUUUGAUCCAUCAGUAGCUCAGGGAAACUCAAGCUCUUCUGUCUUUUACAAAAUAAGUUAAUAUUUUAAUGUGCAUCUGCCUUGGCUUUCUUUUUGCUUCUCCAUAUGUCCCCUUUAUUCUAUGCCUGAUGAACAGCAAAUAAUUAGAAGCAAUGAUGGAAUAAAUGUAAUGUGUGAACCAAAUCCUUGUUGACUCAUUGGCUCUUGGGUUGCUCUAGAUUCCAGACCAGGCCCGAGUUGCUCCAUCCUCUUCUGAUCCCAAGUCCAAGUUCUUUGAGCUAAUUCAGGUGAGACUUCCAGUUGCUGUUUGUUCUGUAUGCUCAGAUUAAAUUAAUGCUCUUUAUCAUGAGACAGCAGAAAGCAAAGAUGGGGAAAACACUCCCUGCAAAGCUUCUUGUAUUGGUUGCUGUUAAUAGCAAAAGGUGAAGUGUAUCGUCAUAAGUUUGGAGCUGGCUAUUACAGAGAGGUAUAUCUGCUUUGGCCCUUCCCUAAACGUAUGUAUCUUCUUAUAAACUCUCUGGUUCAAACAAUCAGUUUUGCAGACAGUAUAUUUGUGAUCAGAUGCAGCAUUGUGCAGUUAUUUUGACAACUGGCUGCUGGAGGCAGAAAAUGUCACUACAUCAGUAAUAGUAAUUUAUUAUUUGUAUCCCUCCCACCUGAGUGGGUUGCCCUAGCCAGUCUGGGCACAGAAAAAUACACAGAAACAUCAGGUAUUAAAAACUUCCCAAUAAUCUUCGAGUGUCUCCGGAAAGUCGUGUAGUUGUUCAUCUCUUUGACAUCUGAUGGGAGGGUGUUUCACAGGGUGGGUGCCACUACCAAGAAGGCCCUCUGCCUGGUUCCCUGUAACUUCACUUCUUGCAAUGAGGGAACUGCCAGAAGGCCCUCGAAGCUGGACUCAGUGUCCUGGCUGGACAGUGGUGGAGAUAUGCCGUAUAUGGAGCAUGGAAACGACUUCCUUAGUUCUAGUCAUUGUGAUAGCCUUUUCUGGGAUAACAAUUCCCUCCUCUUUUUUGUUUUUAGGGUGCUGACAUGGAGAUCUUCAGUUACAAACCAACACCUCUCAACUCAAAAACCUUGGAGAAAAUCCGACCUGUGCUGGAUUACAGGUGCAUGGUGUCAGGAAGUGAGCAGAAGUUUCUUCUAGCCCUAGGGGUAAGUGGUAAUAAUGAAAUGUAACAAUGAGUUUCAGCAGGAGAAAAACAACAACCCUGUGUAUUUGAAGCAAGUUGGUGCUUGGUUUGCAAUUUCAUUCACCCAUGCGUUGCUCCUGUUUAUCUGCAGGAAUGGUCUUGUUUUAGAUCCUGGCUUAAAUCGCCAUGGUGGUUGUUUGGUCUGUGGAUUACCUUUGCUAGUAUCUCACUGAUACGUUACAAGCCAAUUUUUAUAGUAAGCUUUACCUUGUUUUAUAAAUUCACCAACUACAUGAUCUUACCAUGUUCUGAUAACAUGAUUUCUUAAUUUCUUCAGUGAAAUUAAGUCCCUCGCUUGUGAGGCUAAAAGAGAAGCUUGCUAAACAACCUGAAUAACUGUUUACUCAUUUAUUUAUUUAUUUAAUAAAAUUUGUACACUGUUUGAUUGUAAAAGACCUUAAAGCAAUUUACAAAAGAUAAAAAAGUAAAAUCCAGAAAAACUAAGAAAUCUACUUUAAAACAUACAAAAGUUAAAAUACUAGAAGAGAUAAAAUUUAAGAUUUUCUUCUUCCGCUGACAACCUUUUUAGAUGCUUCGUUAUAAAGUACAUUCCACUGUGGCAAUCUCUCUCUGCUGGCCUGGUACUAACUCCAAGAGACUGUGGCCUCCUCUGUGAACUCCUUUGGUCCCUAAUCUUACUGCCUUCCUGUUUGUUUACAUGCAGAAGUCUCAGAUAUACACUUGGGCUGGUCGCACAUCAGAUCGCUGGACCAAACUGGACUUGAAAACAGAAUUACCACGGGACACUCUUCUGUCUGUGGAGAUAGUUCAUGAGCUGAAAGGAGAGGUAAGAGGCUGAUUUUUCUUCUGAAGGGGCUAAUUUUCUUCUACUAGCAAUUUAAAACUCAUAUUACAAGGGGGAAAGGCCUGACAGACUCAUCACUAGGGCUUUUGGUAUGGAUUGUUGGCAUUUAAGGGCCUUUUGUGGCUUGCUCUUCUAAGGUAGGAUCACUUGCACACAUGCAUAUACUCCAGCCAAAGCUCUCCUCUCCAGAAGUGGAUCUAUCAUUUUCUUACCAAUUUACCAAGCUUGGAGAACAAAUAUUGCUGUGGGAUUGUUAUUAUUUUUAGUCACUAAUCACAAAGUUUAGAGAAGAUAAUUUAUUCAAGGGAUAAAUGAUUUUCUGCAGAGGAUAUUUGCGAAUGAAAAAAUGUAAGCAUUCCUGAGACUAGUGCACAAGCAGCAGACAAAAUUUAACUACCAGUAAUUGGAACACCAAUCCUUAUAAAAUAAGUUAAAAAUUCAGUCUGGGUAAAUCAAGGCAUUGACACAAUUUUUCCUAUCAAUCAAUCAAUCAAUCAAUCUCUCCUGCCCUUUCUCCCAGAGGAACCCCAAGGUGGCAAACAAGUGAUAAAGCAAUAAAUCAUACACAAAAUGAUAAAAAUUGUCCAAAUUAGUAAAAUCAGUUUCAUCUAAUAAGAACAGGAUAAAACAGUUCAAGAAUAAAAACAAUGUGCUGAAAUUCUGACUUUUUAUACUUAAAAAAAAGAUGUGUUAGAAACAGUAUGAAGUGCAAAAUGAACUUCAGUGAAUACGAUCAACAGUAGAAUCUGAACAAUAUCAAAAUCAUAAAAGAGAACAAAGCACUGUGGGUUACAACUACCGUGGGACCAAAUUUCCCACUUCCAUCAAGCUUGUUACAAUUUAUCCUCAUAAAAAUGCUAGUGUUUUCAAUUCCAUUAUGCACUCUUUGACACUGUUUCGGAAAACCUAAAAUAAUGGAAUUUUAAUCUGCUUAAAGCCUAAUUCACAGUUCAGGGUUCACCUAGUGAGACAGAGAAAGGGAGAUUUACCUUGCUCAGCCACAUAUUCCCUUUGGCACAAAGCUACCUUCUCUUUGUAAGCUAUUGCAAUAUGCUUGCUGUGCUCUUGUGUGAUCUUUCCAUAGCUUCUGACACAGUCCAUUUGUUCAGAUCCAGUCAGGCUUAGUUGAAGGAACAUUUUGGGUGGUGGUUGGCUGUUGCCGGCUUUGUUGGGUUUUAUGUGUGUUCAACAGUUUUCAGACUUUUAGGGCGGGAGAACGUAAGAGACUUUGUAAAAUAAUGAACUGUUUAGAGAGAAAUUGCCAUCUCUGAAACACUCAAAUCCAGAUUCAUGCUGUGGAAUUGAUUUAGCAAUAGGAUUGGGACAGCCAAAGGGUACUAUUUCUUCACACGGUGCUUAAAUUAAAGGAUUUCCUACUGCAGGAUGUGGCGCUGGCAACUUGUAGAGAUGGCUUUUUAAAAGGAUUAAAUGAGUUAAAUGGGAGAUAGAGCUUUCCGUGACAGUUAAGAAUGGAAUUUCCAUGAUCUGCCACAAUAUGUGCAUGCUUACUUAACGCGGAGAACAAAUGUAAGGGUGUUUUCUCCCAUUACUCCCUGCUUGUGAGCUUUGCAAGGUUACCUGGCUAGCCACUGUUGGGAGUGCUGGCCUAGAAACACCCCUGAUCUCCACCAGCUAAGCAGUUACGUCAUUCUUUUGGAAGGUUGAUUUGAUCCAUAGAUUCCUGACUUUCCCCCACCCCCUAAGGCAGCAUGCCAAUGGGUUUUAUCUGUCAACGGGUGAGCUAUGAGUUCAAGAUCCAGAAGCGACAGUCCCACAAUCCAUUGCCCUGGUUUGCUCUCCAGUUACCUCCCCACAAAGUCACAACUUAGUGGUGUCUUACCCAGUAUUUGGGAACAAUUUUAAAACAUCUUAGAAGUGACCACACAAAGCCCCAGGCCCAGACGGCUUCACAGCAGAAUUCUAUAAGAAAUUCAAAGAACCCUUGAUGCCCUACAUGACCCGCCUAUUCAACGACAUCAUAAAAGGGGGGCCCCAUCCCCAAAACCUGGACCCACUCCAAAAUAGUCUCCAUCCCAAAACCACUAAAAGACAGCCUCAAAGUAGAAUCAUACCGCCCAAUCUCAUUAAUAAACCAAGACUACAAGAUAUUCACAUCAAUCUUGGCCAACCGCCUAAAAAUCUUCCUACACAAGUUAAUAGCCCCAGACCAGACUGGCUUUGUCCCUGGCCGCAAUAUAACAGACCCCAUCAGGAAACUACUGAACCUGAUCGAACACAGCAAGGCAACCAAACUCCCAUUGACAAUUAUGUCCCUAGACAUCCUCAAAGCCUUUGAUUGCUUGGAGUGGAAAUACAUACUAGCAGUACUAACUAACAUGAAAUUCGGCCCCAACUGUUGAUUUAAAGCAGAGUCUGUCGUGGCCAGCGGAAGGAUGAGAAUACGUGCUGCAUACUCUAUAUAGCUUUAUUUACAGUUCAAAGCUGGUAUAUUACAGAAAGACAUCUUGCCUCUGCCAAAGCAGAGAAAAAUGCAUCCUCUCUCCUCGACAGCUUGGAGAGAAUCACACAGUGAAAAAAACAGGAAACCAGUGUACGUCACAUCCAGUCUCCCUUUCCCGUGAGAAACUCCAACAGUACAGACUGUGGAAUGUAAACACCUGUCUCAUGACAAGUUAGCUGCACAGUGAAGGAAAGCAGAAACCAACAUCCUCCCCCUUUCUGUGAACAUCACUGGGCAGCGUGUUCGUACAAUAUCAGUACAAACCCAACUUCUGCACAUAGGUACAGUGUUGAUCCCUUGAUACAAUCUUGGACAAUACAUCAGCAGGAAUUUCAUUACCUGGCAUAUAGGACACCGUUACGAGUCCCUUCUGAAUACAUUCCCUAGCAUGCUGCAACUUUAAUUGUAAGUGCUUUGUGCUUUGCUUACAACCUUCAGACUUCAGCAAAGCCAAACAUGCUUUGUUGUCCUGGUAAACCUGGAUUGGACAUUUGACAGGAAUUUUCAUAUCUUUGCACAAUUGUACUAACCAUUCACAAUCCUUAAGUGAAUAAGACAGUGCAUUCAGUUCGGCUUCACAAGUACUUAAGCUAACUGUUGUUUGCUUCUUGCAUGACCAAUCAAACAGACUCUGAUUGUACAUGUAGCAAACUCCAGACGUACUUUUCCUGUCUGUAGUGUCACUUCCAAAACUUGCAUCUGCAAAUAUCUCAAGACCACCAGACUUCUGAUUGUUAAAUCUCAGUCUGUAAUGCAUAGUGCCUUUCAAAUACCGCGCUAUGCGUUUCAGAACUUUCAAUCCUUGACACUAGGAUUGUUGACUUGUCUGCUUAGCAAAUUACAGCUAACAGCAAUGUCUGGUCUUGAACAUCUGGCAAUGAAGUUUAGCUUGCCUAGCACACUCCUGUACAGUGUAGUGUCAGAAAAUGCUUCUUCAGUGUCAUCUACCUGAUAACCUGUUGUCAUCGGUGUGUCUACAGGGUUAGCAUCCAUCAGAUUUAGUUUGCUUAACACAUCAGCAAUUUUCCGUGACUGGUGUACUAGAAUGUUACCAUCUUGAUCUCUCUCUAUUUCCAGAGAUAGGUAGUUGUUUACCUCACCAAGAUCUUUCAUGUCAAAGUGCUCUUUCAGUUGAGCUAGGGCGUUAUUGUACAUUGCGACAUCUUUCCAAAAGAAUAAUAAAUCAUCAACAUAAAACAAACAGUACAGUUUCUUUUGCCCCUCCUCUUUGACAAAUACACAUGGAUCAGCUUUCCCUUGCUGAAAACCUAGAGAAAACAAUACUUCAGUGAGUUUUGUGUGCCAACACCGUGCACUUUGUUUGAGACCAUAAAGGGAUUUCUUCAGAGCACAAACAAAUCCCUGUUUUACCUGUACGCCAUCAGGUGGAAGCAUAUAAAGUGAUUCAUCUAGAGAUCCGUACAGAAAAGCUGUAUUAAUAUCAUGGUGACUAAUGUGUAGAUUUUCCUCUGCAGCUAGCUUAAGCAUAAGCCUAAUGCUUUCAUAUCUCACUGUGGGUGAAUAGGUCUCGUGAUAGUCUUCACCUGGUACCUGUGCAAAACCUCUGGCUACCAAUCUGGCUUUGUGUCUGACUAUCUUGCCAUUUUGAUCUGUCUUCGCUUUGAAGACCCAUUUGCUUCCAAGCAGUUUCAUUCCUGGAACUACUGGAACUAGCUCCCAUGUUUUGUUCCUUUCUAAGGAAUCAAGCUCAGCCUUCAUGGCAUUUAACCAUGGCUCAGCUUCCUUUGAAUCCAAACCCUGGAUUUCUUGGAAACUUGAAGGUUCAAAUACCUUCUUGGAGCUUUUAACAGCUGUUACUGCUAUCUUAGCAAACUCAUCAGCAAAUCUCUUUGGAGGUUUGCCUUUUGUGGCUCUCUGUGACCUACGAAUUAGCCUUAAGUCUUCAACACUCUCCUCUUCCUUCUUAGGAGAAAAACGACCUAUUGUGAACAAUGGUUCCUCCAAUUCUUGAUCAGAGCUUUCAGAGGGUCGCAUAGAGGCUUUCGCACUCUUGAAAUCCUCUGAAUCACCCGAUUCAGUUUCAGAUUCAGACUCAGAACCUUCAUCAGUGGGUGUGGGUUGUUGUGGUUGCUUUUGACUAUCCUCAGUCUCAUCACCGUCAUCAGGAUAACAUUGGAAAAUUCCCACAUUCUCCCCCACUUUGCAUUGUACUCAACACUUCUCGUGAGCUUAAUUGUCUUAGAGUCAGUCAUCAUUAUUCUGUAAGACCCUUUCUGAUAACCUAGAAAGAUACCAUGCAAUCCACGCUUGUCUAACUUGGAGUUUUGUGGUGAGCGAACCCACAUGUCAGAACCAAAAAUCUUCAUGUGUUUGAUGUAUGGCUUCUUGCCAAACAUCUUCUCAUAGAGGUACAACCAAUCGCUGAAGAUAGCCUGCGAUUGUAACUGUAAACAAAACACGAGAGAGAUUCGGCCCAAUAACUCUCUGGAAGAUUGGCAUCAUGCAGCAAGGUUUUUAAUCCUUGAAGCAAUGUCUGAUUUGCCCGUUCCGCAAGUCCAUUCUGCCAUGGCGAGCGAGGACUAGACAAAUCGUGUUGAAUUCCUUUCUCAGUCAGAAAAGCUUCAAACUGCUGAGAAGUGAAUUCCCCCCCGCGAUCACUGAAAAGAGUCUUUAUCUUCUUACCAUGCACAUUUUCCAACCAAGCACAGAAUUCCUUGAACCUAGGAAAAGCCUCCGAUUUCUGCUUGAGAUUGUACACAAAAAUAUAUCUAGAAAAUGCAUCAAUGAGAACCAUGAAGUAUCUAUUUCCACCCAAAGAGGGCGCUAGUGGUCCAACCAAAUCAGCAUGAACAACCUGGUAUGGUUCUGUAGCUUUCCUACUAGACACCUUACCUUUCGCAGCCAUUUUCACCUUGUUUGCUGCGCAUGCUUUGCACUUCAUGUGGUACCUGCAGGGUUUAAUAGUCAUACCUUCAACCAAGGCAGGCAUUUUAGAUACUGCCUCAAAAUGCAAAUGACCAAAUUUUCGAUGAAAAUCGUGAAUACAUUCUGCAUGCAAACUUUUGUUAGAACCUGCAAUGCAACAAGUGUCAUCCUGCACCACAUCAUCAUAAUACAAAACAAACAAACGAUCAACAUAUUCUGCAUGCAAUACAUAAUCAUUUUUCUUUGUGAUGAUGCACUUCUUGUUCUUGAAGGAAACGUCAAUGUUCCGCUCAUUCAGCUGUCCAACGCUGAGCAGAUUAUGUUUGGCGUCUGGCACGUAAAGCACAUUCUGUAUCGAUAAGUCCAAACUGUGAAGAACAACAGUUCCGUAGCCUUUACUGGGAAUAGUGUGGUCAUCCGCCUGGUGAAUCGCACCUUCCUGCGGUGUAAAAGACACAAACAGUUUCUUAUCGUUGCACAUGUGGUGGGUGGCCGCUGAAUCAACAACGAAGAAAGAUCUAGACGUCUUCUGGACCUCUGCAACCUUUGGAGUGAAGCGUGAAACCAUAGCCUUGUGCUGCGUUGUCCUAGACACCGGACCUUUGCCUUUGCCUCGGCCUUUUCCGCGCGAUGAGCUUUCGCUGCGCUGCUCUGUCUUGGCCCUGGGAUGUCUGCAUUCCCUCUUCAUAUGGCCUAGACGUCCACACGUGUAGCAUUUCACUGCCUUCAAAGCUUUGGCGCCAUCUGGUGGUUCCACUGCACUAUGGGAUGACGUCUGUGAAGACUCUCCCUUGCCCAUGCAGCUAGCACCCCGGCGAUCUGCUUCAUUUAAAAUCACGGCAGUAACAAAGUCCACUGUCAGCUGAGCAGUUGGUUGCACAGCAAUCUGGGUUGCAACAGACUCCCAACCUGAACCCAAAGAUUGUAGUAUCAUGAAAGAAUACACAGCCUCUGGAAAGUUGAGUCCUCUCUGUUGCAGCUCAUGUCUCAGAUUUUGCAUCUGCAUCAGAUGUAAACGCACAUCUCCACCUUCAGCAAGAGCCAUAUUAUGCAGCUUGUUAAAAUAAAACAUAGUGGAUCCAGCUUCUGUCCUUAAGUGAGCCUCUCUCAGAGCGUCCCAAAUUUCUCUGGCUGAGGUCUUAUCACGCAAUAGACAGAGCUCUUCUGGGGAUACUAUCAAUGUAAGAGUUCCCCUUGCUUUGGAAUCCUUAGCUUCCCAUGCAUCUGUAACUGGAACUGGGGGGGUUUCUGUAAUCACCUCAAACAAACCCUCUUUCCGCAGAAUUGCCUCUGCAUACUGAACCCAGUCGCUGUAAUUUUUCUUGUUGAGCUUAGGAAUCCCACAAGCAUCCUGAAGGGCCAUCAUGACUCUGGCAUUAGCCUUCAGCGUCAUAUGCUGCUUUAAAUCUUGCUGCGUCACUGCUGCAGCUGCUUCAUUACAAAGGCACACUUAAAAGUUACUUUCGAUUUCCCCAGCAUAGUGACUUGUGCCUGGGAGCCUUUGCCUAUUCCCGGCAAAACCGGCUUUAAAAGUUCAAAGUCCAGCCAUAAAGCCAUUAUCUUGAAGCUGGCAGGCUGCCCGGAGCAGUAGCACAUACCUCAUCAAUCACUUCUACGCGCAGAGCAGAUUCCUUUCCGAUCCGUCCCUCUGCAUUCCGAUCCUCUGCCGGCACUCCGAUUCGACUCCUGGAGUCCAUAACCACGUGUUGAUUUAAAGCAGAGUCUGUCGUGGCCAGCGGAAGGAUGAGAAUACGUGCUGCAUACUCUAUAUAGCUUUAUUUACAGUUCAAAGCUGGUAUAUUACAGAAAGACAUCUUGCCUCUGCCAAAGCAGAAAAAUGCAUCCUCUCUCCUCGACAGCUUGGAGAGAAUCACACAGUGAAAAAACAGGAAACCAGUGUACGUCACAUCCAGUCUCCCUUUCCCGUGAGAAACUCCAACAGUACAGACUGUGGAAUGUAAACACCUGUCUCAUGACAAGUUAGCUGCACAGUGAAGGAAAGCCCAUCCCAAAACCACUAAAAGACAGCCUCAAAGUAGAAUCAUACCGCCCAAUCUCAUUAAUAAACCAAGACUACAAGAUAUUCACAUCAAUCUUGGCCAACCGCCUAAAAAUCUUCCUACACAAGUUAAUAGCCCCAGACCAGACUGGCUUUGUCCCUGGCCGCAAUAUAACAGACCCCAUCAGGAAACUACUGAACCUGAUCGAACACAGCAAGGCAACCAAACUCCCAUUGACAAUUAUGUCCCUAGACAUCCUCAAAGCCUUUGAUUGCUUGGAGUGGAAAUACAUACUAGCAGUACUAACUAACAUGAAAUUCGGCCCCAACUUCCUACAAAUCCUCAAACAAAUAUACUCCCAAGCCUCAGCAAAAUGCAGAACUAACAAUAUGGAUUCUAACACUAUAGCUAUCCAAAGAGGCACGAAACAAGGAUGCCCACUGUCCCUUCUUAUUUAUCCUGGCUCUGGAACCCCUAGCAAUCCGCAUCCGAGCAGCCACAGACAUCAAGGGAGUGGAAAUAAAAGGCAGAACCUAUAAAUUAGGGCUCUUUGCAGAUGACCUAAUGGUCACAACACCAGACCCCAUAAGCACAGCAACCUCCCUAAUCAGAGAACUCAACACAUUUGCAAUGGUGUCGGGCCUACAGGUAAAUUUUACAAAGUCAGAAGCUAUGUGCUUCAACACCCCUCCUCACACCCAAAAAGAACUCACGAAGGUCACCAAAAUAAAACUUUGCCACACCAAGUUCAGAUACCUAGGGGUACAAAUAACCAGAAACCUCAAUAAAUUGUACCUCCACAACUACAAGCCCCUGUGGCGACAAAUUAACAAAGACCUAAAGAGAUGGAAUAACAUGAAUUUCACUCUCUCAGACAAAAUAGCCAUGAUCAAAAUGAUCACACUCCCAAAACUAACCUACCUAUUCCAAACCCUCCCAAUCUGGAUCCCCUCAACCCAACUUCGCAGUUGGCAGAGAAAACUACACUCUUUCAUCUUCUCACAUAAAAACCAAGAAUAAGCCCCAAAUACCUGCACCUCCCCACCUCAGAAGGAGGAUGGGGAAUCCCCAACAUAGAAGCAUAUUACAAUGCCAACCAAAUACGCCAUAUAAUCCCAUAUAUACUAGAAGAUGAGACAAAACAAUGGGUACACCUAGAGAGGACACAAUUGAAAACACCUGCACCACAACAUACCCACUCCUCCCAAACAAACUAAAGAAAAUUCCCACAACACUUAACAGGUACACACAGACCAUGCUCAAAGCAUGGAAAACACAAAUAGGCAAACUAUCCCCAACCCCAUCCCCACUAAUCCCCCUGGCGUACCACCCAUUAUUCCACCAUGCAGCACAAAACCUCAAGAUAAAAACCUGGCGAACCAAAGGCUUAUAUCGCCUAAUAGACUUUUAUAAAAAUAACAAACCCUUGUCAACACAAGAAAUACAAGACAAACUAGAAGACACCCAAAUGCCCUGGUUAACACAACACCAACUACAUGCCCUCUUAAACAACCCAACAGUAAAAUCAGCAGCAACUAGGCCCCUGACAACCUUCGAAAACCUCCUCCUAACAACAAAGGGAAACGGUAAAGGGACGGUAUCCGCAAUAUACAAAAUACUACUCCAUAAUCCCGCAAAUCCCUAGACGCAAUCAAAAAACAAUGGGAGAAUGACAUAGGCUAUGAGAUUAACCCCACUCAAUGGACAAGAAUGUGGUCUAAACCCCCUUUAAAUCCAUAUCAACGAAAAGAAAAGAACUCACACUGAAACUCACCUACAGGUGGUACCUAACACCAAGGAAACUAGCGCUAAUACACCCAGGAACCUCACCAAAAUGCUGGAGAGGGUGCACCUCCACAGGCACAUACCUCCACAUGUGGUGGGAGUGUCCCAAAAUCCAACUAUUCUGGACAACAGCCAUACAAGAAAUAUGUAAAAUAACUAAGCAAGUAAUAGACAUCACCCCAGAAUUGGCCCUACUAAACAUCUUCCAAGACAACAAUGCCCAUUUACACCACAAAGAACUCAUAACCCACCUGCUCUCAGCAGCCAGAAACACCAUAACCAGACACUGGAGAGACCUGUCAGGAGUAAGCAUGGACCAAUGGUACCAAAUAGUAUGGGAAACAGCCCUACUAGAAAAAUUAACUAAUAAACUGAAACUGACACGGGGACAAACAGAAGAAGACGCCUUCACCCGGUAUGGCUCCCUUUAUCACAUACACAGCCCAACAGGACAAUGACAAUAAUCCACCAACAGCAUACAAAUCAAUAUGGCUAACCUGAUCCAAAACACCCACCCACCUCACUCACACACGAAAACAAAGAUCACCACAGCCAAUCACAAGCAAACAAUCACACCCUAGGCCAACCCCAACCUCUCUCACCACCAAAGGAACACAAGUGAACAACACAAGCAACGCUGACACCAAACUCUACAUACAUUAAACAUAAUAGAAACACCGCCACCCAACCCCACCCCCAUCCAUCUUCCCUCUCUCCACCCCCCCUUUCUUUUUUCUUUUUUUUUUUCUUCUCCCCCUAAUGCCUCAACAAAUGAAAUGGAUUUGUAAAAAUGUUACAUGGAAAGAAAAAAAUACGAGGCACUACACUUCUGUAAAACAAGAAAAUCCUUAAUAAAAUAUUUUAAAAAAAAAAAAUCUUAGAAGUGAAUUUUAACAGUAUAGACUUAAGCAUGUGUGGUAUCCUUUAUGGAACUGUAUAUUUGGGGUGGGAGAACCUGGUAACAGCCCAAUGCACAUGUCAUGAUAAGCCAUAGUUUGAAAUAAACUAUGGUUUACCAGAAAUGAGCCUGGAACCAGCACUCAGUUUGUUCUUGAAGCAAACCAUAAGUGGAAGCCACCUUGGCUUACUGCUCAUAGUUUGUUUGGGAGAAGCAAACCAAAAGUGCUUGUGGUUUGUUUCCUGGCUCAGGGUGGAGCAAAGCCAACAUGGCGGAGCCGUGUGCCCUGGUUUCCUGUGGACUAUAGUUUAUUUCAAGCUUAUCGUGACAUGCAGCCAAAGAGGCAUUUUUUUUUUUAGUAUAACUUCUGAAGCAGUCAGUGAGGUGGGAAGCUGUUGCGCAUGCAGAUGGUAUUCUUUGCAACACACUCAGAAUACAGCAGCACUUUGUGAGGUGCCAAUUUUCCUCUCCCUAGGGAAAAGCACAGCGAAAAAUUAAUGCCAUCCACAUCCUGGAUGCCCUGGUGAUAAAUGGUAGUGAUGUCCGAGAACAACAUUUCAAUCAGCGGUAAGCAGAGUUCGGGAAAUUACUUGUGUAUAUAGUUUGAUGGGUGCAGGGUGUGUGUGAGAGGUGGGUUCUUAACCUAGAGUCUUGGCUGUUCAACAGAAUAACCCCAAAUAGACACUUGAGAAAUUUUGAAAGAGCAAACUUCUGAAUGCAGUAUGCCUUUUCUUGAUCUCCACUCAGUUAGCCAAUGCAACCCUGUGGCAGAGAAGACUACUCCAUUAGCAGCAAGCAAGCAAAUCUUAGCAUUUGGGAAUAUACUAGUAUGGAAGUGAUCCUUUUUCAUGAGAAAAAGCCAACAGCCCUCAGAUGCCUUCCUAGCCACAUUUUACUCAUAGUUUGUCCUAUUUUGGGGCUUCCCGUAGGCAUCUGGUUCUUAAUGGGCCAAACUAUUAAAUCAGUCAAUCUUUAGAUUGGUUAUGCUACUACCUUGAGUAGCCUCCCCAUUGCAUAAGACUUUAAUCCAUUUCUGAGGAAAGCUAAACUAAAGAAAUCCUUAUUUUUUGGUUGCAGAAUUCAGCUAGCAGAGAAAUUUGUAAAAGCCGUCUCUAAACCUAGCCGGCCAGAUAUGAACCCCAUCCGGUGAGUGCGGCCUUUUGGAUUCUUGCUGGCUUCUGGGGCUGUAAUUAAAAAUACUUUGUAGGUGGUUUGUGCCAUGAUGGAUUUUCACAUUAAGUUGUACGUUAGGAAGCCAGCAAGAGUGAUUGUGGGAGGAUGCUUUCCUAUGAAAGACCAUUUCAGAUCAAUUUGAUAUGUGAAGAGCUUAUCCUUGAAAUAAACUGGUUUAGCUCCUUGACAGAAGAAUCAGAGACCAAACGAUGUGGUUCUCUUUCUGGGUCUAGUUUGUAACUUAUAUGAAGACAGGAGGGGAGGGCAAAGAAAUCAGGGCACAAGAGAGAGCAGCACCAUGGAUCAUCUUGGAAACAUACACUUUACUAAAGCGUGGUUGUGCCUCUUCAGUUUUAAUAAUUUUGUUUUGGAUAACGAAUUUAACCUGCAUAAAGCUUGCCAGUCAACAGCACCCUUUCAGAAUCAAGUUUGUUGUAUAGGACCUGUGUAAUAUUUCAUUCUGUGUUUUUCUGAUGCUGAAACAAAAUAGCAGGGUUACACCUCCUAUUUCUCAAGCGAGUUGUCCAGCCAUCUAAAUUCAGCAAGAAGGCUGGUGGUACUGCUGACAUGAAGUGCUCAGAUCAGUAGAGUUCUGUGAUUAGAAGUCAUGAUCUUUGAUAAGUUUUUUUUCUUUAUUACAGUAUUCUACUUUCGAUCAUGAGGGCUAGAAACUUCCUUUUAUAGAAAGUCUAAGAUUUUUAGGAGUCUUGAUGAGAGCACCUGGGGAGUAAGUUUUUUUAAAAGCAGAGUCAUCAGCAGUUUUGAAGAGCUUGUAGGAACUCAACCUACAGUUAGAUGUUGUGGCCAACAUAUUAUUCCACUCAUGGACUUUUCUCCACAGAGUGAAGGAGGUAUACAGGCUAGAGGAUAUGGAAAAGAUUUUUCUAAGGUAAGUCCUCAGAAAUCCUGGAUUUGCAGCCUUUAUUUUGUUAUUAUUUGGACUUUCUCAGUUGUUUUUUUAAAGAGAAUAUUGUUAAUUCUGCAUUACUGGUAGGAUCUAUCAGCCUAUCCAAAAGGAACCUAUGUUUAUUGGCUAGCGGAAGGAAGUUAGUUAGGUUUUUUAUGGCCAAGCCUCCAACACUGUGUUUUCCAGCCCUGCAGAGAUCCAUCCCAUUUCUCCCUUGUGACAUAGAAGAGGCUUGCUUGUGUGGCUGGCUGGUGGGAGAAAUACCGGCUGCUUUUAAAGAUCAGCACAUUCAUAUAUUGCACAAUGGAAUCCAUAGAUGGUGCUAAAACGACCAGAUUUUAAGCCCUGAAUCUAUCCGUAGAUUCUUUGCCUUAGUACUUUACAAAGCUCUCAGAUGAACCUUCUAAACCAUUUCUCUCUCUCUCUAAUAUUCAGAGUCCCUUGGUAGCCUUUUAACAGGUUCCACAAUUUUGUUCAUCAUGAAAAGUGUUCAGCAGGCCUCUGGCGAGUGUGAGGAACCCCAGGCUUCCACCCAACUGUGGAGCUGCAGGGGGGAGAACUGCCCUUUUCCCUUUGCAUCCCCAAAGUUUGGAGGACACCUGGGAGUUGUUUAGAGUGUUGGGUGUUCAGAGCACUCAGCAAGGAGAUGUGUCCCAGAUGCGUCUUUGAUUUGGAGGCUCAGCAUGAGAUCACCAGCAAACCAGCUCCCCUUGGGGGCGGGGCAUGAUCCUGGCAACCACAAUUUUUUUGUUGGCCGACAACCUUCUUCUUGUCUUGUUCAUCCUCACAACACCCCUCUAAAUUAUGUCACAAUUAUACUUUUAACAGAGAGAAGAAUUUGUGUUGGUAACUUGACCACAGUGGAGUUUAUGCUUGGCUAGGGAUUUGAACUGCACCUCCUGGACCAAGUCCCAGCGUCCAGCCUUUUGCCACAUUGCUGAGACCUGUGCUUUGUGCAUUUUUUGUUACUUUGGGUAUGAACACCCUGUCUCCUGGUUGUUUGGUGGCGUAGGUUAGAGAUGAAGAUCAUCAAGAGCUCAGGCGGAACCCCACGGCUGUCCUACACUGGCCGUGACGACAGACACUUUGUUCCCACAGGAUUGUACAUCGUUCGGACUGUCAGUGGUAUGUCCUUCUCUGUUCAGGGACUCCUUGCUAUGAUGGCCAAAGUCAAGCUCUGAAAUAUGCAUCUCUGCUUUGGUCAAAACAAUUACAUGGACCAUUUUUUGCUUUUAAAAAACUGAGAGAGUACAUUCCUCUAUUUUGUUAGUUGCCUCUCCCAUUCUGUCUUGGAUCCUGAUUCUCCUAGCAGAGUGUAGCAUUGUGCAGGGGAACGUUGGAAGCUGGGGAAGAUCUUGAGGUAUUAUUUUUUUGCAGAAAAAGCAGUGCAAAAUGCUUGCAGAAGAUUGCUGAAGUAGUUUUCUCCUUUCAUAUGCCCCCUGUGCUUUUCUUCCUUAAAAGCCAUCCAUGAUAAAUACUACAGAAGCAGCUUCUCUUCCAAUACAUUGCUUUUCCUGCCACCACUCAGGAUUGAAAUGAGUAGGGUACCCAGUAACUGGAUGAGAACUCAAGGACAGGGCAACUACCUGUUCCCUUGUCCUCUGUCCAUUACCUGGCGCAUGAGGCUGCCUUUCCUGCCCCAUCAUUCCUACAGUGUAUUCAGCUAAUGAGUACCAGCAGGAUUGUAGCUAAGCCAGGGUCACUGAAAACCAAGUGGAAGGCAUAAGCAUUCUUGGGGGAAUCCCAAGAUUGGCAGAAGUACAAAAAAUCUUGACCUGACUUGGACCCUACCUAGCUUCAGAAAGGUGGUAGCCUCAUAUGCCUUCAGGACAUAUCCUUAAUUUUCCAGAUGUGCCUUAGAAAUGAGGUGCCUUGGUGUACAAAAAAAAAGUUUAUUGGCAAGUUUUUUCUUCUCGUAAGGGUCUUUUAAGACCCUCUCAGACACUGCUGCCCCAUAGACUUCACAAAGGUAGUAGAACUGCUAGCAAAAACUCCUCUGCAGACCUGGGCAGUGCUAUAUGGGUGGAGGCAUUUCAUUUAGAUCAGGGAUAGGCAAAUUCGGCCCUCCAGAUGUUUUGGGACUACAACUCCCAUCAUCCCUGACCACUGGUCCUCUUAGCUAGGGAUGAUGGGAGUUGUAGUCCCAAAAUAUCUGGAGGGCCGAGUUUGCCUAUGCCUGAUUUAGAUAUUCGGGCCCAAGUCAUUUGGGGCUUUGUUUGUCAACAUGAUCACCUUGACCUUGCCUUGGAAGCACAAUGGCAACCAGUGCAGGUCUUUUAAGAAUUGGUGUGCUAUGUGCUUAGCCAGCAGAGCCCACCAGCACUCUGGCCACUGCAUUCUGCACCACUUGCAGCUUCUGAACCAUCUCUUAAGGACAGCCUCACAUGCAAUACUCUACAGUAGUCCAGUUAUUCUUCUCUUUUUAAUCUGAUCUCGUUUCCCCCCCCACAGAUCCGUGGACCAUGGCAGUUAGCAAAAAUUCUAAUAGGAAAUUUUUCUACAACAAGACAACACAUAAAUCAACGUAUGAACUGCCUCAAGAAUCUGUUGCACCAUUUCAGUGAGUAUCAUCCAGAAAAUACUGCCAGUUUAUCUAGAAGCAGCGAGGGGGAUCAUACCAGCACAUGUUGCUUUUGUAGUGCAUAGAUCUCUCUCCAGCAUCAUUAAACUGUGUAGUGUUGACCUGUAAAUGUCCACAGAAGUUACCACCGCAAGCUUUGCUCUAUUAUCUAAGGAAACUUUGGGAGGGUUCUGGACCAUGAUUUACAAGUCAUUGUACUCUUUAAUAGUUGGCUUUGGGAGGUGGCAAGGUAACCCAGCAUGUAUUAGACUGCAUGCCACAGUUGGUAUACUUGGCUAGGUCUGGAGUCUGUGUCAGGAAUAGGUCUCCCUGAAAGCUUUUGAUCUUCUAAAUACCACAGAAUUACAGUGGCCUGAAACUGCUUGAUGUAUCAUAGUUUCCCCCAGACAACUCUGGGGAUCUUUGAAAGGAUGCUAAGAUUUCUUGGUUUGCUCUUGGGCCCCUUAAUAGAACUACAGCUUAAACUUUAUAAUAUGGAAACAUUCUCACUUUAAAGGCUUUGAGAUACAGGAAGACUUAAGAGAUCAGGAGACUAGGAGACUUAAGAAAAGGCAGCACUGCACUAAGGCUUUUGAGGAAGUGGUGAACCAUACAUGCCUGCACUUAAUUCAGAACCUACUCCUUGAGUAUCUGUCACCAAAAGCAGAGAUGUAUGGUUCACCUACGCUUCUGUUCUAUGCCCUGUCAGGUUCUGAAUUCUGGGACCUCACAGCAGUCAGACAGGAGCAAGAAUGAAAUAACCCUUGCUUACUCCAGAAUCCUUGAAUCUGCUGUAGCUGUCUUCUUCUCAUUGGCAUUCUUGUCUUCCACCUUCAGCCAUUAGAUGGUUACAAAUUCUGCUGCUUGCUUCAGCCAUGCUUCCCCUUUCUUCUGUUCUGUUCUGUUCUGUUCCGUUCUGUUUGCUUUUGUUUUGUUUUGUGGGUGUUUUUUGUAUUAAAUGUAGACCCCUCUUACUUUGAAGUUCUUUAAUCUCUAGCUCUUUCAUACUGCUUUCCUCUGUCUUUAAGGCUCUCCUUAUUACUUUUACCAAGGCUUCAGGUGUUUGGAUGGCUUUCUAUCUAAGCCAUUAUAUGCAGUUGCUAGUGAACCCCAAACCUUUCCCAUUUCCUGCGGCACAUGCAGAGAACUUGGAAAAGAAGAGUAUCUGCUUUGCAGCUGAGUUUCUGCAGGAUGGGCAAGAAGGAUGAGACCUGUGGGCAUAGGGCAGUAUACAAACAAACAAACAAGGUGUCUUCUGCAGAGGCAUAGCAGGAAAGGACAGAAAUUAGCACACACACACCCCCAGUCCUUUCUCCUGUGAACUCAGCUUGCACAAGAAUGCUCACCAGAGGGCCAAAAUGUUUGUCCAUUUCUAUUCCUUCUGCCUACCCUUUUGCUGCUCUGUAUCUUUGUGAUUCUUUCCCCCACCCCAAACACACACACACACACACACACACACACACACUUCUAAAAGCUUAUUUCUUCUCUCGUUUUCUGGAAUAAGUUUUCACCUUUACUCAUCUUAGUAUAGCAGUCUCCUUCGGUGCCCUGCCUGCCCCCUUAGUGUCCCAUCUCGUUGAUGUAAGCAUGCUAUUUCAGCCCUCCAUAAACUGCACCCCCCCCCCCCAUUUAUAAAGGAGGCUAUAUUCCUGCCCACAGGAUUAGAAGUCCUUAGUUGUAAAGCUGAAUCUAUGAUGUGUACUACAUAAAACACAGAAGAAUUGUUACUUAUCCAAACAGGGUUAGCAGAAGUGCUUACAGCUUUUUAAACAUGUAGACAAUGGAGGGACGCGGGUUGCGCUGUGGGUUAAACCACAGAGCCUAGGGCUUGCCGAUCAGAAGGUCGGCAGUUCGAAUCCCCGUGAUGGGGUGAGCUCCCGUUGCUCGGUCCCUGCUCCUGCCAACCUAGCAGUUCGAAAGCACAUCAAAGUGCAAGUAGAGAAAUAGGUGUCUUCCUCCUGCGGGAAGGUAAACAGCAUUUCCGUGCGCUGCUCUGGUUCGCCAGAAGCAGCUUAGUCAUGCUGGCCACAUGACCUGGAAGCUGUACGCCGGCUCCCUCAGCCAGUAAAGCGAGAUGAGCGCCGCAACCCCAGAGUCGGCCACGACUGGACCUAAUGGUCAGGGGUCACUUUACCUAUGUAGACAAUGAGAGACUCAUUCUCAGGAGUUCUGUUUACCCUAAGAAAAAGCCAGCCUAGUUCUCGGGCCUGAGAGUGUCUAACCCCUGGGAACUCCUGCUGAGUUGCUUCUAGUUUUCCACCUCUCUUGCACUGAAUAGUUUUAGAGAAACUGUGGGAGCCCUUUGAACUUUUUUUUGUCAAAUGCUAAGCAGGCAGUAAGCAGCAUCUCACUUUCUUUCAGAAACUCAGGAAUUCUUUCCUUUCCCUUCCUCAUGUUGCAUAUUUUCUGCAGAAAGCAUAACUUUGGCUCUGAAAACAGUGGGAAGGAAGAGGCUUACGUGUGACUUUGAUAAUGGAUGUUUUGCAUUAUCAUUUGUGAACUCUAAUACGGUUGUAAUUAGGCACUGAUAUAUUUUCUUGUCACAAUGCUAAUAUCAGAACAGUGCAACUAAAUAGGCUGUGAAUAUUAAAUGCCAGUAAUUGUUGGACUCGAAGGCCGCUUUGUCUCCGGCAAUUAGCUACUUGCUUUUUCUCCAGUAUGACAACACUGUUAAACAAGGAGAACCUGAGCUCAGGCAGGAAUAGAGACCUGAUCAAUGAGGCUGCUCCAAGAGGAUUUUUUAAAAAGAUCAGAAUGUACAAAACUUAUUUAUCUAAAAUGUCAAGUUUUGCUGAGCAGUCAGAGUUGCUGCAGCUCCUGCGGUUUCCAUUCUGGUUGCUGGACUCUUCAGAAGUCUCCUGUAAGUUCUUUUAUAGAUUCUGCUAAGGGUACUUCAUUUUCCUCACCCCCUCAGAAGUCUAAAUUUUUUUUGGGCUCUCUGUGUGUUGGGUUCCCCCGCUUUCAGACACCAAAGGCAUUGAUUUUCCCCUUCUAGUCAGUGCUUUGACUUGAGGCAAAAAUAAGGCUGUUUCUGUUAAAACAACCUUUUGUACACCUGGCUGUGGUGUCUGUGUCUGCAGUCUGCAAGUCCUUUAAUUGGUGGGUCCUGCAGAAAUUAUCGAUUAGGCUUUCUCUUAAGGCAUCAGAGUAGAGGGAGCAAACAGGGGGUUUUUUUGGCCACAUGACCAGCGGACACAGGCUUUUGAUACUUGGAGGCUGCAUGUUCAGCUUGAGAUUCAUAUUCCCACUUGAGAGCUGGCAAAAGAUCCCUCCUCUCUCUUGUGCCGAUUCUGCUGUAAUGCGAACAUCAUCAGCACAGACAAAACACGUAUAUGAGGCCCUUUUACACCUGAAGUAUCUUAUCAGCCGUAUCUAUUCCGUGGAAGCUGAAGGUUAGACUUUGUGGGGUGUUUGAAGGUGGAAUUCAGUGUUGUUCUCCUCCCAUCAUUUUGUCUGUGCAAGUAUUCCAGUUUUCUGGGUAGAAAGACCCGCUCUCUGCUCCCCCUUUGUGCUGUUUGGGGGGGGGGGUUUCCUCCUGACACUCCCCUUGAGCCAAUUUAGGGGGCAUGUAGCGGGAGGGGAGGGAAGCCCCAUUGCACAAAUGGCCAAGAUUGGCUGAAGAUCAGGCUUCUAAUAGGACUUCCAGAAGUGAAGGAAGGUACUGACCACACCUGGGGCUACAUCAUUCUGUUGUGCCCCCCACAUUAAAAAAAAAACCCAAACAAACACCCUACCCAUCCCUUCUUUGGCACUGGACCCUCUGGCCAUGCAGGCUCAAGAGAUGGGACUUCACCACCAGUUCCUCAGAAUGGUUCUUGCCAUUGAAGGUGAAGCAAACUCUUCUACACUGUGCUUACCUUAUGUAUGGUCAGACACACAAACGCACAAACAUAGGGAGGGAGGAAAGAGCUACAGUUCAGAUGAACAGUUAUUUUGCUGCUUUCUUCCUUUUUCUUCACCCAUACUUAACCCUCAGUUGUAGCAAAGGCACAAAUGAAUCAUGCUUGGAGACCCAAAUAUAGGAAAUUUUGCAACAGAAUGUAACAACUAGAAGUUACGUGCCAAUUUGUAUAAAGCUGUGCACAGCAUUUGAGCUUGCUAUGCAGUCAGUCUGAAAAAUCCCUGGAGAUUAUUCAGUACAUAAUCUGGGUUUCUUGGAGAUCCUUCUGGUUUUCUUUUUAAUGCACUCUGCUACAUUCCUUUAAAAGGAACCUUUUUGUGCCUUAUGAAAGUUAAUUGAAAGCACUGCCUUAUUCUAAGUCCAGAUCAGUUAACCUGAGCAAUUCUGUGUCUCAGCUUGCUGCUAUUCCAGUGAUACAAACAGAGGUCCUUGCCUGGAAUCCAGGGCUCUUUUAACUAGAGAUAGAACUGAGGGCCUUCUAUAUGCAACUGUUUGCAACUGCCUGGGUCCAACUCCCUGUGCUGAUUUCUGCCUUCUUUGUCCACAGAAUUUGCUACUUCAGUCGCCUCUUCUGGGAGUGGGGUGAAGGUGUCAGAGUGCACGACUCUCAAAAAAGGGACAAUUCGGAGAAGCUAUCCAAAGACGCUGUCUUAUCCUUCAUCAGACUCCACUCGCCCUACGACCAGCUCCUCACGCGAUCCUGGGGGACAGGAAAUGAGCCUGGGUUGGAAUCUUCAGCAGCUGAUUAGAAUCAAGUUUCUUCCAGCUGCUUGCAGUGAGCCAUGGAGGAAAACUAUGGUCAAGGAAGCCUGGUCGGGUGGUAGGGGAAUCAGUGCAAAACAAAUGGGAAAUGGCUUCCGACUGCAAACUAACUCUGUACAUAAAUAUCUGCUCCGGGCCGUUUAUCCUGCAAGUACCACAGAGGUAAGAUUCCUGGAGCAGAGGACAUUCUUCCGGAUUGAUCCCCACCAUCUCUUUCUAGGGCUUUCCCCACCGGUGCGACGACCACCUGGCCUCCACGUAGCAGAUGGCACAGCGAGCAAGAGGAUGCGCACAGCUCCUCGGUCGUGCUUGUAAGAGUGGGAGACAAUGUAGCUGGAGGGAAGAGCGGGUUUUCAAAGGCCUCAAUUUGUCCUUUAUGGUGCCUCUCUGCUUUAGGAGCCUGGUGUGAAUUCACUGGGAAGUUUGGCCCUUGCAGCACUUACUUCCUUGGGCUUGUGGCUCAUGCCUAGGGAGUUCUGGAUGCUCAAGGGGCGAAAACUGGGCAAAUGGGAGGUAUUGAUUGUAAUGGUUCAGGGGUAGUUACUGCCGACAGUGACUUGUGACUAUGUUGAAAGCUGGAUUUCAUGCUUCUAUGCAAAGUAAGUUUGUUGUGUUUUCCCACUCUCCACUUUCAGUAAUGCAAAUGGGUCACCCCAAGCAGUUCCAUUUUGAAAUCCUUGAGGCAUGCCUAGUUUUUUUCACUGAGUUCAGCGAGUUGGGAAGAUUUGGAAUUUAGAGAAUUGGUGGCCUCCAAGAAGCAUGUGGUUUGGUUGAACCAUCUGGACUUGAUAGGGUGACAGCCAGCCCUCUUCUAAAUAGGUCACUUUCCCUUGGCCUUUUUAAUUAUUAAAAUAAGCACCAGAAAUCAUUUUUACUUUUAGAUCAAAAAUUCCGUCUGUAAUGAAGGCACAGAGGAUCUUCUUUCUUUUCCUUUCCUGCAAUGACAAUGAAAAGUAACCUUUGCUUUUCUGGCCUGUAUUUUGGCACUUAAGCUCUUGUGAGCUGAGAACAAAAGACCAGCUUGAAAGGGCACGAUGGUGCUUCCCCGUGUUGCGACUUUGCUUGAGAUGGAAGGAAAACCUUUGCUGCGUUUUCUAAUGGGAGCCAGUCAUUAAUACACUGCAAAAGACUAUGGAGGCAGUGAAGGCAUGGAAGUAUUUGCACAUGUUGGCAAAAAGGGACAGCGUCGACUUAAGGGGUGGCCUAGAUUGUGCCUUAAGAAAUCUGUGAAGCUUCCUGCAAUUGAAGGCAUCAUCCGAGUCUCUGCCCUGAUAGCAAAGCACCCAGAACAGGACAUUAACAAGGGACACCCAAGUCCGCUGUGGGGAGGUACUAGGCAAGGCACCACCACUCCACACAACCCUUUAUAAACCUCCUUAUAAGCAGAACCUAAAUCUUGUGACCGUUUUUGUGCUUUUAUUAGGCAUGGCCUUCAAGCCUGCUGUUCUUCAGUCACAAGGUUCACAUACAUUCAUACUUUAUUUAUAGCAGUAGCUUAAGCAGUUGUCUAGCUUGAUCAAGACUUUGCAUCACUGGAACUUGUUUCGAGGUUCCUUUACUGGAAUACGGCAACGGGAGUUGCAAGCUGUCCUCUUUGCACAGCGGUUGAAGUCUCUGUUGAUCAGGCAUGAGGAGGAGGCCACUCCAUAUACUGGAGGGACAUCAGCUGGCGCCAAGGGGUGGUGCCAAACCAAGGUUCUGCUUUUUCAGGGCAAUUGUGGCAGGAAAAGGGCAAAUUUCAAAUCAAAACUGCCUUCCUGAUACGGGAUCAUCCUCUGGGUAGAGCGUAGGGCAGUGCUUGACCCAUUUUGUUUCAAGUGGGAAGGGACAAAGGUGAAUAAAUAACCUCUGACUCCUCUAAUUUGAACUUCAUGGCGUUGGUUUCUGAAAGUACUUGUUUUGUAGAACAGCAUGGUGUGUUUUGAGCUGCCUUCUCCCCUGCGCCUAAUAUGACACAGCAGACGAGACUAAUGAGACAUGUAAUUAACAGUGGGUAUUCUAGCUCAGAACCUCCUUGCCUGCUGGCAUAGAAUAUUUCAGAAAGAUUUUAUUAUAAGACCUGGCUUCCUCUGAUGCUAGUCUAUAUUAUUUGAGGGCAAUUGGUAGGGAAAGUAUGAAUACUGGGGUAGAAUGAUUUCAGAAAUGUCUAUCCUCACUUAAUUCACCUGCGUUACAGCUAAUUUCUGUUAUCGUAGGGCUAGUAAAUGGUGUUAAUAAAAGAUCUAAUGGCCUCUUGUGGGGUCAAGAUUCUUCCAUUGCGAAGUACACUAGCUGGGGAGCCCAGCCCUCCCAAGUCAUUUCAAGAUCUGUUAAAGGCUGCAUGCCUGACACUAAUGAACAUUAUAACAGCUUAAUUCCAGUAUUGGGGAAUGGACUCUUGAUAAGUUCAGAUCAUGGAGGGCUAUUAGAAAGACUGGGCCUGGAUAAUGCAACCUGCUGUUGUUGCCUGUUCUCAUACCAGCCCAAGGGGGAAGGUGGUAAAAAAUGUCUUGCUGAAAGGAAUGUUUACACAAUGUGUUCUGUGAAGCUGUGUACCAUUUGUGUUUGUUCCUCUUCCCUUUUUGUCUGUGCAUCGCCAAUACAAUCCUUCUGAUUCAGAAAUGUGCUGUGUUCUUGGCUUAGAUGAAUUUCCCAGAGCUCUGCUGUGUAUACAAAGUGGCCUAAGGAAGGGAGGGUAAAACUGCUCUGGCUUGAACACUUUGUAAAGAAAUAGUAAGAGAGAGACUCUGAGUAUUAAUACAGCUUAACAUAAGCCAUGGACAAUACGCUGUUGGUUUCCAUGAGACUGUAGCUCUUUUCAGCUCCGCCUGGCAACGUGCGCCCAACAUACAGACAGUAUCAGGAUUUAUUAUCAAGCUCAUUUUGAUCAGUGGAAGAUGGGCCAUUUCACGAGUCCCAUUAUUAUAAACAUAAAAACCAACACAGGCUUCAUUCUUGGUGCAAUUAUUUCCUAGGCACAGCAAAGAGGCAGAAGAUAGAUCCUCUUCCAAGCGGGAGGAUGGCAUUUAUUCAAAUUGUGGAAUUAGUUUUAUUUGCCCUUUGCCAACCCCAGGAAAUUCUUCUGCCCUGUACUAUUCCCAGAUGCUCCACCUAUGCUGCUCAGUGGGAAAGGAAGGCGUUGAGGACCAUGGAAAUAGGAAGAGAGGGAGAGGCUUGGUGUCUAUUGAACGCGGGGACUGGGAGAAAAGCUUUGCAGUGGCAAAAGUUUCAUUUUCAAAAUGCUUGAGCUACUGAAACAAUCUGAGGGACCGAUUACACACAGGUGGCUUCUUAAGAACAGGAAAUGGCAGCAUUACUGAUUAUUCACCACAGAAUAACGGGACGGCUCCAACCAUACUCUUCUCCAAAAUUUUCCUCAUACUUCAACAGCAGGGACUGCCGAGGCCAUUAUGAUUUGGAGGUGUCUAGAGAGCACUGGCUUGGAAAGCCGAUCACGCCCUCGAGACAGUCUGGUGAGGGAAAGAAGAGGUUAUCACAGUCACGUCAUGCGGGGAUCUCGGCAGAAUCUGCUACAUCGUCCAGCAAGUGUAAAUAACGACAAGCAGCAGCACGAGGGCCACUGAGAGGGCUGCAUUCUUGCGGUUUUCAUGGCGAAGUGCUUUCAGUUCUUUCUCUGAAAAGAGAAAAACACAGGUGCUACUUUCGUCACAAAAUUACCCACAACCUCUGUUUGGGGGAAAUCAAGUUUUCUUGCUCUAGUGUCUCGCCACAUUAGCGAGCCUGAUAAAAACUGGAUUUUAGACCUCUCCCAGACAGCCGCUCAUCUAAGACAGGCCUGUUCCAUUUCUUUUAGUGCCUCUACUGUGGAACUGGCAGUGUUUAAGCCUUCUAAUGUUCUUUAAGCUAUUGCCUUAAACAUUUAUAUAUUUUUUUAGAAUGUGGUUGCGUUUCUCCAUUAUAGGUAGAUGUGCUCUCCCUCUCUCAGCUGCAUGCCUUACUUGCAGAUGGAUAACUCUUACAAACAGAAGCAGUGUAUUACAGGGCCUGACAUAGAAGAAGAACAAGCCUGGAUGAGGGGCAUGGCAGAGUCUAGAGGCCUUGUUAUAAAGCACUGCCUGAGCUUUCAUUUUAUCUCUCUGCCUGAAGUUUUCGUAAAUUUUGCAAAGGUUGAAUAAAAUAAUCUCUCUUUUAGAGGGGGAAACUCAAGGUGUAUGAAAUAUCCCUCAACCUGCUGCAUCAACCUGACUUUUGCAAUCAGCCUGUGGCUUCAGCUUAAUCCUGUUACGGAUAACUGGAGAGCACAAAAAGGAAAGCAGUUCUUGCACAACCACCAAAUGUGGUGCUCUCAUUUAACCCAUUGAAUGAUUGCAAAAGGAAUUAUGAUGGCGGGAUUGCUUUGGUUUGUGAGAAUAAAAGUUAUGUCUCAGCAGCAUGCUCAUUGAAUUCAGAUCCCAGGUGGUUGAAAUGUAGCUUUUUCUUAGUCCAGCUGCUUAGGAGGUAGGAUAAGGAGCUUAAAGGAUAUUCACAAAUCUUUAUAUUCCUACUCAAGGUUCUUAAAGGAGGUCCACAAAUCUUUUUAGAGUCCUGCUUAAGGUUCUUAUGAAGCCUUGAGUUUUAAGCCUAGUUUUCAUAAACCUGCUUGCAGAAGAGCUCUGUGUAACUCAAAAUGCUUGCUAUGUAGUCCUAAAACAAUUACAUGGCGACAUAUGAGCUGGCUUUACUGACACGUACAAACAUUUUACUUCAGUCCACCUCUGUGUCAUUGAACGUAUUGAGCCAGUGGAAACCUGCUGCUUCAAAAGGAAUUACUAGUCGAGGCAGGAAAGUGCCUCUCUGCCUAACUAUAUGACUAGUCUGAAUUAUGGGAUGAGAAACUGUGGCCUGAGGGACUGGAUGCAACCCUCUCACUCAUGUCGCUCUAGUCAGACUGUGCCUCUCGCUGAUCCUGCUCCAAUGUCUUAGCUGGAAUGCUGCUUUGAGCUGCCUUACUGCCUGGAUGGUGAUGUGUGUGGUGUGAAUUUUGUGUGGCCAGAGUGUAACCUACUGUGCAAAGGUAGGAGUUGCAUUCACUGCUUCUCCCAGUGUUGUCUCUGGCUUUGCCCAUCUGUGGCCCCAGCUGUUUGGUUAAAGAAGGUGGAGGGUUCCAGGGGAAUUUAUGUUGCUUGCCAGCUUCUAUGCGACUGUUCCCAUCUUAGCCAUUCCCCGGACCUGAGGGUCCAGGCAAUGUCUCAGCCUAGCACUGCCUCGUGGGGUGGUUGUGAGGAUGAAGUAUUCUGCCCUAAAUUCCUUGGAGGAAAGGUGGGGUGUGAGUGUAACAUAAAGAAAGCUAGCUCCAGUUUAAUUGAGAGCCUACUCAAUAGCUGUGCCGCAGCUGCCUUGCUACACCAACCUUGGGCUGCUACACAGCAAUCAAGCCUCUUCAGAGGCAAUUUCGGCGCUUUUGUAAUUUCUGCGAGAGGUUAGACCAUAGCGACUGCUUAUUUGACAACAGAAUCAUUGUCGCUGACUGCAGCGGCGGCAGAGGUCAGAGCGCAGCUCGGCGUGCGACUGCCAGAGGAGUAUAAUUUUAAUGGGAAGUUUCAGGUGUUAAUACGACAGCUCAGGCGGAUGUCCCUUUGUAUUUGCUAGCUCCUCAGGGAGACAGCUUUAACUGAGAUGAGCCCAUUGCAUUAAAAUGGGGCAGAAAGUUCUUCAGCCCUUGACUGGAAGCUAGUUCUCACUGCAUCUCUGGUGCUCUUAUGGGGCACUGCUCCCUUCACUGACCAACCGUGCAUGCUGGCUAUUUAGAAACAGCAUCAACUACAUCAGGAAGGCAGAGAAAUAUUUUAGAUCAGACAUUGGGAGGAAUUUUCCAGUUGUGUUCUGUGGCAGGGAGGUGGUGAAAUGUCUUUCCUCUGAGGUUUUCUAAGAGUCUCUCAGGAAUCUAUCAUGGAUAAUAGUGGAACAACUUGGUCCUGGAAGCUGGGCCACAUGAUCUCAUUGCGUCCUUUCUAACACCACAGACCCAUUUCACCUGUUUAUAAGGUUUCCAUU